GGCGCACCGCGUUGUGUGCACUUCGCUCAAUAGUUUUUUAUCCGCCGAUCGGUUGCCGUUCGUCUGUGGCUAAGUGAAAGUUGCCGGGCAUUUUACCCUGUGAAAAUUCCGAAAAACCAAACGCGCGCAAAGCAAUCAAAAGUGUUCAAAGGAAAAGCGUUAAAUAUUGUUAAGCUCAACAAUAAAAUACGUUAGAAAAUCCAAAAAAUAUUCCAGUGUCUGUGUAGCGCAGUGGCCGCGUGUGUGUGUGUGUCUUUCUGCGCUUUUGACGGCAAAUCGCUUUUGGCAGCUGCUUUGGCAGCAGCCAAGUAAGAAACAAGGCUUUUUUCGCUGGCGUCGCUCUUCGUUGGCAGCUGUUGGCAGUAUGAACUGAUUUUGGCCGCAAGUUGAUGAAUAAAAUGCAAAAAUGAAAAUAUUUUUGCCACUAGUCACGUGGAUAGUGCUACUACUCUCGAGUGCAGUACAUUCACAAUAUUCACAACAACCGCAACCAUUCAAGACGAACUUGAGGGCGAAUAGUCGGUUUCGCGGCGAGGUCUUCUACCUGAACCUCGAGAAUGGCUACUUUGGCUGCCAAGUCAACGAGUCCACCGAAUAUUUGCAGCUAUUCAACCUAUCGAAACUAUGCGACGGUACCCAAGAUUGUUUUCUGGGUGCCGAUGAGUUGAGCAAAGAGCUCAAAUGCACAAAUGACUGUGAUAAGGAUGGCACUCAGUGCACACAUGGCGCGUGUUUGAACGGCGUCUGCCAUUGCAAUGACGGCUACGGCGGUUGCAAUUGCGUGGACAAAGAUGAGAACGAAUGCAAACAGCGGCCGUGCGACGUGUUCGCCCAUUGCACAAACACAUUGGGCAGCUUCACGUGUACCUGCUUUCCGGGCUAUCGCGGCAAUGGCUUCCAUUGUGAAGACAUUGACGAAUGCCAAGAUCCCGCGAUAGCGUCGCGAUGCGUGGAUAACGCCGAGUGCUGCAACCUGCCGGCGCACUUCCUCUGCAAGUGCAAGGACGGCUACGAGGGCGACGGCGAGGUUCUCUGCACGGACGUGGACGAGUGCCGCAAUCCGGAGAACUGCGGCCCCAACGCCCUGUGCACGAAUACGCCGGGCAACUACACAUGCUCCUGCCCGGAUGGCUAUGUGGGCAGCAAUCCGUAUCGGGAGGGCUGCCAGGAUGUGGACGAGUGCUCGUACCCGAAUGUCUGCGGACCCGGUGCCAUAUGUACGAAUCUCGAGGGCAGUCAUCGCUGCGACUGCCCGCCGGGAUACGACGGCGAUGGAAGAUCGGAGUCCGGAUGCGUCGACCAGGACGAGUGCGCCAGGACGCCCUGCGGCCGGAAUGCGGACUGUUUAAACACGGACGGCAGCUUCCGCUGCCUGUGUCCCGAUGGAUAUAGCGGUGAUCCCAUGCACGGCUGCGAGGAUGUCGAUGAAUGCGCCACUAACAAUCCAUGCGGUUUGGGUGCUGAAUGCGUGAACCUGGGCGGUAGCUUCCAGUGCCGCUGUCCCGCCGGCUUUGUGCUGGAGCACGAUCCGCAUGCGGAUCAGCUGCCCCAGCCGGAGUUGGGCUACGGGCCGGGGGCAACCGAUGUGGCGCCCUACCAGAGGACCUCGGGCGCCGGUCUGGCCUGCCUGGACAUUGACGAGUGCAACCAGCCGGACGGAGUGGCCAAGUGCGGCACCAAUGCCAAGUGCAUUAACUUCCCCGGCUCGUACCGCUGCCUGUGUCCCAGCGGAUUCCAAGGACAGGGCUAUUUGCACUGCGAGAACAUCAACGAGUGCCAGGAUAAUCCGUGUGGGGAGAACGCGAUCUGCACGGAUACCGUCGGUAGCUUCGUGUGCACCUGCAAGCCGGAUUAUACGGGGGAUCCCUUCCGCGGAUGCGUGGAUAUCGACGAGUGUGCCGCUUUGGACAAACCGUGUGGUCAGCAUGCGGUGUGCGAGAAUACCGUUCCGGGUUACAACUGCAAGUGCCCGCAGGGAUACGAUGGAAAGCCCGAUCCCAAGGUGGCCUGCGAGCAGGUGGAUGUGAAUAUCCUCUGCAGCAGCAACUUUGAUUGCACCAAUAAUGCGGAAUGUAUAGAGAAUCAGUGCUUCUGUUUGGAUGGCUUUGAACCCAUUGGCUCCAGUUGCGUGGACAUCGAUGAGUGUCGCACCCACGCCGAGGUCUGUGGUCCCCAUGCCCAGUGUUUGAAUACCCCCGGUUCCUAUGGCUGCGAAUGCGAGGCGGGCUAUGUGGGUAGUCCGCCCAGGAUGGCCUGCAAGCAGCCCUGCGAGGAUGUGCGGUGUGGAGCCCAUGCCUACUGCAAACCGGAUCGGAAUGAAGCCUACUGCGUUUGUGAGGAUGGAUGGACCUACAACCCGAGUGAUGUCUCGGCGGGAUGUGUGGACAUCGAUGAAUGCGAUGUGAUGCAUGGACCCUUUGGCAGUUGUGGCCAGAAUGCCACCUGCUUGAAUAACGCUGGAGGAUUCACCUGCUCCUGUCCUCCCGGCUACUCCGGAGAUCCUCACGCCAAGUGCGUGGAUGUGGACGAGUGCCGAACGGGAGUGAGUAAAUGUGGAGCUGGAGCGGAGUGUGUUAAUAUGCCGGGAGGUGGCUACACCUGUCGCUGCCCCGAGAACACAAUUGCCGAUCCCGAUCCCAGUGUAAGAUGUGUGCCCAUUGUGAGCUGCUCAUCCAACGAGGAUUGUCCCGGCAACUCCAUCUGCGAUGCGACCAAACGUUGCCUCUGCCCGGAACCGAAUAUCGGCAACGAUUGCCGUCAUCCCUGCGAGGCGCUCAAUUGUGGGUCUCAUGCCCAGUGCAUGUUGGCCAGUGGACAGGCUCAGUGUCUUUGUGCACCAGGAUAUACGGGAAACCCGGCUCUUCCCGGAGGAUGCAAUGACAUAGACGAGUGUCGGGCGAAUCCCUGUGCGGAAAAGGCCAUCUGUUCCAACACCGCAGGAGGUUAUCUAUGCCAGUGCCCCGGAGGAUCCAGUGGAGAUCCCUAUCGCGAGGGAUGCAUCACCUCCAAGACGGUGGGCUGCUCCGACUCCAAUCCCUGUGCCAUUGGCGAGAGCUGCGUUCAGGAUUCUUAUACCGGAAGCAGUGUGUGCAUCUGUCGGCAGGGUUAUGAAAGGAAUCCGGAGAACGGGCAGUGCCAGGAUGUGGACGAGUGCUCCGGGCAAAGAGGAAAACCCGCCUGUGGCCUAAAUGCUCUCUGCAAAAAUUUACCAGGUAGCUACGAGUGCCGCUGUCCCCAGGGACACAACGGCAAUCCCUUCAUCAUGUGCGACAUUUGCAAUACCCCGGAAUGCCAAUGUCAAUCGCCUUACAAACUAGUAGGAAACAGUUGCGUUUUGUCGGGCUGCUCCAGUGGACAGGCCUGUCCCAGUGGAGCCGAGUGCAUCUCCAUAGCCGGAGGAGUGAGCUACUGUGCCUGUCCGAAGGGCUAUCAAACCCAGCCGGAUGGAAGCUGCGCGGAUGUGGAUGAGUGCGAGGAACGUGGCGCCCAGCUAUGCGCCUUUGGAGCUCAGUGUGUGAAUAAUCCAGGAGGCUAUAGUUGCCACUGCCCGGAGGGCUACCAAGGAGAUGCCUACAAUGGACUAUGUGCUCCUGCCCAGAGGAAAUGCGCUGCGGAUAAGGAGUGUGCGAGCAAUGAAAAGUGCAUCCAACCGGGAGAGUGUGUGUGUCCACCUCCUUAUUUCCUUGAUCCCCAGGACAACAACAAGUGCAAGAGUCCCUGCGAACGAUUCCCCUGCGGCAUCAAUGCCAAGUGCACGCCCUCGGAUCCGCCGCAAUGCAUGUGCGAGGCGGGAUUCAAGGGAGAUCCUCUCCUGGGCUGCACGGAUGAGGAUGAGUGUUCCCAUUUGCCAUGUGCUUACGGUGCCUACUGUGUGAACAAGAAGGGCGGCUACCAGUGCGUCUGCCCGAAGGAUUAUACGGGAGAUCCCUACAAGAGUGGCUGCAUCUUCGAGAGCGGCACGCCGAAGAGCAAGUGCCUGGGCAACGAGGAUUGUGCCAGUAAUCUGGCCUGUUUAGAAGGAAGCUGCGUGAGUCCCUGCAGCAGUCUGCUCUGCGGAUCCAAUGCCUAUUGCGAGACGGAGCAGCAUGCGGGUUGGUGUCGCUGUCGCGUGGGAUUCGUGAAGAAUGGAGAUGGAGACUGCGUUUCCCAGUGCCAGGAUGUCAUCUGCGGCGAGGGAGCUCUCUGCAUUCCCACCAGCGAGGGACCCACCUGCAAGUGCCCCCAGGGACAGCUGGGUAAUCCCUUCCCCGGCGGCUCCUGCAGCCAGGAUCAGUGCUCCGCUGCGCGACCCUGCGGCGAGCGACAGAUCUGCAUCAAUGGACGCUGCAAGGAGCGCUGCGAAGGAGUCGUCUGUGGGAUAGGAGCCACCUGCGAUAGGAACAACGGGAAGUGCAUCUGCGAACCGAACUUUGUGGGUAAUCCGGAUCUGAUCUGCAUGCCGCCCAUUGAGCAGGCCAAGUGCUCGCCGGGAUGUGGCUUGAAUGCUCACUGCGAGUAUGGAUUGGGUCAGAGCAGGUGCGCCUGCAACCCGGGAACCUUUGGCAAUCCCUACGAGGGAUGUGGAGCUCAAAGCAAGAAUGUUUGCCAGCCGAAUAGCUGUGGUCAGAAUGCCGAGUGCCGAGCUGUGGGCAACCACAUCACCUGUCUCUGUCCGCAGGGAUUCAGCGGUAAUCCCUACAUAGGCUGCCAGGACGUGGACGAGUGUGUUAAUAAGCCAUGUGGUCUGAAUGCCGCCUGCUUGAAUAGGCCAGGAGGAUUCGAGUGCCUGUGCCUCGCGGGACAUGCGGGUAAUCCCUACAGCAGCUGCCAGCCCAUCGAGAGCAAGUUCUGCCAGGAGGCUAACAAGUGCCAGUGCAACGAGCGAAUGGAGUGCCCGGAUGGCUACAGCUGCCAGAAGGGUCAAUGCAAGAACCUCUGCGAUCAGGCUUCCUGUGGUCCCAGGGCCAUCUGCGAUGCCGGCAAGUGCAUCUGUCCCAUGGGUUACAUAGGAGAUCCCCUCGAUCAACUAAACGGUUGCAGCAUUCGCGGUCAGUGCGGCAAUGAUGCCGACUGCCGGCACUCGGAGAUCUGCUUCCAGUUGGGCAAGGGUCUGCGCAAGUGCGUCGAUGCCUGCUCCAAGAUUCAGUGCGGUCCGAAUGCCCUCUGCGUGGCCGAGGAUCAUCGGUCGUCGUGCAUCUGCUCCGAUGGCUACUUUGGCAAUCCCAGCAACCUCCAAGUGGGUUGCCAGCCGGAGAGAACGGUUCCCAGGGAGGAGGACAAAUGUAAAUCCGAUCAGGACUGCGAGAGAGGCUAUGGAUGCCAGGCCAGCCCACAAGGCACCCGGGAGUGCAUCAAUCUCUGCUCCAAUGUCGUCUGCGGACCCAACGAGCUGUGCAAAAUUAACCCAGCCGGUCAUGCCAUUUGCAACUGCGCCGAGAGCUUCGUGUGGAACCCAGUGGUCUCCUCCUGCGAGAAGCCUUCCCUGCCGGAUUGCAGGAGUGACGAGAAUUGUCCCGAUGCCUCCGCCUGUCGCCCAGAUGUCCUGGGCGUGCUCAAAUGCGUGGCCAUCUGCGAUGCCUUCACCUGUCCGGCCAACUCCGUUUGCCUGGCUCGUCAGCACCAGGGACGUUGCGAUUGCCUCGCUGGAUUCGUGGGUAAUCCGAAUGAUAGGAACGGCUGCCAGCCGGCCCAGAAACAUCACUGUAGAAACCAUGCCGAAUGCCAGGAGUCGGAGGAAUGCAUUAAAGAUGAGACAACCCAAACCCUUGGCUGUCGUCCUGCCUGCGAUUCGGUGAAGUGCGGACCUCGUGCCGUUUGCGUGACCAACAACCAUCAGGCGCAGUGUCAGUGUCCACCGGGUCCCUUUGCCGGAGAUCCCUAUGAUCCGUUUAAUGGCUGCCAGAGUGUUCCCUGUGUCUACAACCAUGACUGUCCGCCCAGCCAGAUGUGCAACCGGAUGACCCACACCUGUUUCGAUGUCUGCGACGAGGAGUCCUGCGGUGAGAAUGCCAUUUGCCUGGCCGAGGAUCACCGGGCCGUCUGCCAGUGUCCACCGGGAUUCAAGGGAGAUCCGCUGCCCGAGGUGGCCUGCAUUAAGCAGGGAGGAUGUGCCGCUGGAACCUGUCAUUCCUCGGCCAUUUGUGAGGUUACCCCGGAGGGUCCGAUCUGCAAGUGUCCACCGCUUUUCGUAGGAGAUCCCAAGUCGGGUGGCUGUCGUCCGGAUGGUCAGUGCCCCAAUGGAGAUGCCGAUUGCCCAGCCAAUACGAUUUGCGCCGGAGGAAGAUGCCAGAAUCCCUGUGACAAUGCCUGUGGAUCAAAUGCCGAAUGUAAGGUGGUCAACCGGAAACCCGUCUGCAGUUGUCCCCUGCGAUUCCAGCCCAUCUCGGAUGGCACCGCCAAGGAUGGAUGUGCCCGCACUAUAUCCAAUUGCCUCACGGAUGUGGACUGCGGUGGAGCCUUGUGCUACAAUGGACAAUGCCGCAUAGCUUGCAGGGAUAGCCAGGAUUGCUCCGAUGGCGAGAGUUGCUUGAAGAACGUCUGCGUGGUUGCCUGCCUGGAUCACAGUCAGUGCUCCACGGGAUUGGCCUGCGUGGAGGGUCACUGCACCAUCGGGUGUCGCAGCAACAAGGAGUGCAAGCAGGAUCAGUCGUGCAUCGAGAACAAGUGCCUCAAUCCCUGCCAAUCAGCCAGCAGCUGUGGUCCCAAUGCCCUGUGCAGCAUUGCCCAGCAUCGGAGUCAGUGCAGCUGCCCCGAGGGAUUCGAGGGCAAUCCCACGCCGGAGCAGGGAUGCGUUCGUGUCCCAGCUCCCUGCUUGGCCAGCAACCAGUGUCCCAGUGGACACAUGUGCAUCGGCAAUCAGUGCAAUCUCCCCUGCUCGAAGACCUCAUCCUGUGCGGUGGGCGAACGUUGCUAUCAGCAGGUCUGCCGCAAAGUUUGCUAUACCAGCAACAACUGUUUGGCCGGAGAGAUCUGCAAUGAGGACAGGACCUGCCAGCCGGGUUGCGACUCCGACGCGGAUUGUCCACCCACCGAACUGUGCCUGAGUGGAAAGUGCAAGUGCGCCACCGGAUUCAUAGGCACUCCCUUCGGGUGCUCCGAUAUAGAUGAGUGCACGGAGCAGCCCUGCCAUGCCAGUGGAAGAUGCGAGAACCUCCCGGGAUCCUAUAGAUGCGUCUGCCCCGAGGGAACCGUCGGCGAUGGCUACCCCCAGCAGGGAUGCUCGCAGCCCCGACAAUGCCAUAAACCAGAGGAUUGUGCUAAUAAUCUAGCCUGCAUUCAUGGCAAGUGCUCGGAUCCCUGUCUGCACACCGUGUGCGGAGUGAAUGCCCAGUGCCAGGCGGAGGGACACGAAGCCCUCUGCAGCUGUCCAGCUGGUUUCCUGGGUGAUCCCAAUGACUCUGGAGUCGGUUGCUUCAAGGUGGAGUGCAUCGACCAUGUGGAUUGCGCCGGAGAUCGUGCCUGCGACGGGGAGACCAAUCGCUGCAUCAAACCCUGUGAUUUGACUAGUUGUGGAAAGGGUAACUGCCAGGUGGAGGAACACAAAGCCAUUUGUGCCUGUUACGAGGGUUAUCAGUUGGUGAAUGGAGUCUGUGAGGAUGUCAACGAGUGUUUGUCGCAACCUUGCCACAGCACCGCCUUCUGUAAUAAUCUGCCAGGAAGCUAUAGUUGCCAGUGUCCCGAGGGAUUGAUAGGAGAUCCCCUGCAGGCAGGUUGCCGGGAUCCCAACGAGUGUCUGAGUGAUGCGGAUUGUCCAGCCUCGGCUAGUUGUCAAAACUCCCGAUGCCGUAGUCCUUGCGAGCGACAGAAUGCCUGCGGAUUGAAUGCCAAUUGCCAGGCUCAGUCGCAUCAAGCUAUUUGCACCUGCCCCCUGAAUUCCCGAGGAGAUCCCACAGUGGAAUGUAUCCACAUCGAAUGCUCGGACAAUGAUGACUGCUCGGGGGAGAAGGCCUGCCUGGACGCCAAGUGCAUCGAUCCGUGUUCCCUGCCCAAUGCCUGUGGAGCUCAGGCUCGUUGCUCCGUUCAGAAUCACAUUGGCGUCUGCUCCUGCGAGGCCGGAAGCACCGGAGAUGCCAAGUUGGGAUGCGUGCAGCUGCAGUACUGCCAGCAGGAUGGACAGUGCGCCCAGGGAAGCAUCUGCUCCCAUGGCAUUUGCAGUCCCCUGUGCAGCACCAAUCGCGAUUGCAUCUCGGAACAGUUGUGUCUGCAGGGCGUCUGUCAGGGCACUUGCAAGUCCAACUCCACCUGUCCCCAUUUCCAGUUCUGCUUGAAUAACAUCUGCACCAAGGAGCUGGACUGCCGAUCGGAUGCGGAGUGUGGCGAGGAUGAGACCUGCUUGAGCGAUGCCUAUGGAAGGGCCAAGUGCGAGUCCGUGUGUUUGGGUCGCGCUGCCUGCGGAAGGAAUGCCGAGUGCGUGGCCCGUUCCCAUGCUCCCGACUGCCUGUGCAAGGAGGGCUUCUUUGGAGAUGCCAAAUCCGGAUGCAGGAAGAUCGAGUGCUCAACGGAUGAUGACUGUUCGAAUGACAAGAGCUGCGACAAUCACAUGUGCAAGAUUGCCUGCUUAAUAGGACAGCCCUGUGGAGAGAAUGCCCUCUGUACCACGGAGCAUCAUCAGCAGGUGUGCCAUUGCCAACCGGGAUUCUCCGGAGAUCCUCGCGUGCGCUGCGAUGUCAUCGACUUUUGCCGCGAUUCGCCGUGCGGACCCGGUGCCCGUUGCCGGAACGCGAGGGGGUCGUACAAGUGCACCUGUCCCCCGGGACUCGUUGGUGAUCCGUACAACGAGGGCUGUCGCAGCUCCGUCGAGUGCGAGACCAACGAGGACUGUCCCCCGCACGCUGCAUGCACCAAAUCCCAGGGGGUGGCCAAGUGCCGCGAUGUCUGCGCCCAGCUGCAGUGCGGCCCCAAUGCGGAAUGUGUUCCGAAGGGCCAUGUGGCGCAGUGUGCAUGCCGCAGCGGCUACGACGGCCAACCCGCCGACCGGGUAACCGGAUGUAGGCCGCUGCCCGUUCCCUGCCAGGUCACCGGCGACUGUCCGACCAACACUUACUGCUCGGAUAGCGUCUGCAAACCUGCCUGUGUUCUGGAUACCGAAUGUGGAUCAUCAGAGGUGUGUCAGGGUGGCCAAUGCUUCAAUCCCUGCCUGCAGCCGCAGGCCUGUGGACAGAAUGCCGAGUGCGUGAUGCAGAGUCACCUGAAACAGUGCCAUUGCCCCGAGGGCUUCACCGGCGACUCCGCAAAGGAAUGCGUGCGUGUGCCGGUGGCCUGCGAUGUUGACUGCGCACCUGGAUACACCUGCCGUGAUUCCAUGUGCCUGCCUGUGUGCCAAAACGAUCUGGAGUGCGCCUCCAACGAGAAGUGCCUGAAGGGCAACUGUAUGCUGACCUGUCGAGUGGACAACGAUUGCUUCCUGGGUCACGUCUGCCUGCACAACAAGUGCGUGUAUGGCUGCCAUGUGGACGACGACUGCAGUGCCUCCGAGUCCUGCCGCCAUGAUAAGUGCGUGAAUCCCUGCCUUGAGAAUCCCUGCGGUCCCAAUGCCGCCUGUUCGGUCUCGAACCACCGGGCCAGCUGCAGCUGCCUGGAGAGCAUGGUGCCCAAUCCCACGCCCCAGGUGGGCUGCGUUCGUUCGCCCCCCUUGGAAUGCCGCGAGAAUCGCGACUGUGGCAAUGGAUUGGCCUGCUUCGAGUCGGUUUGCCGACCUCUGUGCGCCGAUGAUGCCGGCUGUUUGACCAACGAACGCUGCCAGCAGGGAGUUUGCAAGCCCCUCUGUCGCCACGACAACGAGUGCGGUCAUGGAGAGCUGUGUCUGGGCCUGAACUGUGUGCCUGGCUGCCGUUCCGAUCAGGGCUGCCCCCAGGAUUUGGCCUGCGUGGGCCAGCAGUGCGUGGAUCCAUGUGCCGAUCCCACUGCCUGCGGCACCAAUGCCCACUGCCAGACGAUCGAUCACAGAAAGCAGUGCUCCUGCCCCGAGGGUCUGGAUGGCAAUGCGAAUGUGGCCUGUAAGGUGCCACGAAUUGCCUGCGGGCGGAACGAGGAUUGCCAGUCGAACCAGCUGUGCUACGCGGGCAGUUGCCAGGGAAAAUGCAGGAACGAUCAGAACUGCCUGGCGGAUGAGCGUUGCAUGCGGGGAACCUGUAGAACUGUAUGCAACACGGAUGAGGCCUGUGCUCAGGGACAGAUUUGCGAGAAUCGCAUGUGCCAGACGGGUUGCCGAACGGAUUUGAGCUGCGCCACCGACGAGGCCUGCGUGAACAAGAAGUGUGCGAACCCCUGCCGCACGCCCGGUCAAUGUGGCCAGUGUGCCGACUGUCUGGUGGUGAAUCAUGGAGUCCAAUGCCAGUGCCCCGCCUCCUUCAUGGGUGACGGUUUGACUGGCUGCCAACUGCCCCCGGAACGGUGCCAUCCCGGCUGCGAAUGCGACGAGAACGGAGCCUACUGCGCGGCCAAGUGCUCGAGGAGCGAGGACUGCGCCUGCGGACAGCAGUGUGCGCGCGGAAAGUGCCGGAAUAAGUGCGGACCCAAGCGUCAGUGUACCGUGGGUCAGCUGUGCGAGCGAGGAGCUUGCAUUGCCGGAUGCAAAUCCAACGGAGACUGCGCCGCCGACCAGAGCUGUGUGAAUGGAAAGUGCUCGGAUCCGUGUGCGAAUGACAAGGCGUGCGGUAGGAAUGCCCUGUGCACGGUGUCCGAACACCGAAUGCUCUGCUACUGCCCCGAUGGCUACGAGGGUGAGCCCAGCAAGGAGUGCGUGCAGUUCGAGUGCCGUGUGGACACGGAUUGCGACAGCAACAAGCGCUGCGACCAAGGAAAGUGCCGGAAUCCCUGUUUGGAGUACGGAGCCUGCGGCACCAAUGCCCAGUGUCGGGUGGUGGGUCGCCAGGCCCAGUGCUCCUGUCCGCCGGACUUCUUUGGCAAUCCGAUUAGCGAGUGUCGACCACUCGAAGGAGGAUGCUCGAGCAAACCCUGCGGUGAGAACUCCAAGUGCACCGAGGUGCCCGGCGGCUAUGAGUGCGCCUGCAUGGACGGCUGCAUUGGAGAUGCCCACCAGGGAUGCCUGUGCGGUGGACCGCUGGUGAAUGCCUGUCGGGAUCAGCCUUGUGGCUUGAAUGCCGCCUGCCAUGUGCUGGACAACAAUCAGGCCGAGUGCUACUGCCCCGAGGACUUCCCCAAUGGAGAUGCCUAUGUGCAAUGUUACUUGACCCCACCAAAACAGGAUUGUCGCACUUUAGGAUGCGAAGUGGGUGACUGUGUGCGCCAGGGCUAUGAUUAUGCCUGUCAGCAGGACACCGAACAAUGCUACUCAGAUACGGAUUGUCCCAGUGAAAAGUCAUGCCUCCAAGGACACUGCAGCGAUCCUUGUACAAUGCGUGGCGUGUGUGGUCUAAAUGCGCUCUGCAAAACCGUACUGCAUCGUCCGCGCUGCUCCUGCCCCAGCUGCCACAUUGGUCGGCCGGAGAUUGAGUGCAAGCCCGAUGCCAAGUGCCAGUCGGAAGAUACGGAUGCCAAGACCAAGGAGCAGAUUCCAUGCUCCCACGACUCCGAGUGUCCGGAGACGUUGCAGUGCGGCCAGUACGGCCAAUGCACAGAUCCUUGCAACAAUCCGCUUUUCAUCUGCGAGAGCAACAAGAAGUGCGAGACGCGACGCCAUCAGCCGGUUUGCAUCUGCAAGUCUGGGUUUAUAGUGAAUGAAUACGGGGAGCUGACGUGUGCCCCCGAUAAGCGGGAGUGCUAUCGCGAUGAUGACUGCGCCUCGAACAUGGCCUGCAGCGAUGGCAAGUGCCGCAAUCCCUGCAUCGUACCCCUGGGUAGAGCCGCGAUCUGUGCCGAGAACAAGUCCUGCGAGGUGCAGAACCACAAGCCCGUUUGCAUUUGUAUGCGCGACUGCCAGCCAUCGAUAUCGAUUUGCCUGCGCGACGCCGGAUGUCCGGCUAGCCAGGCGUGCCGGAAGCUCAAGUGCGUCGAUCCGUGCGAGUUUGCCACCUGCGCACCCAACUCGCCAUGCAUUGUCGAGGAUCACAAGCCGAUAUGUAAAUUCUGCCCAGCUGGAUUUAUAGCCGAUGCCAAGAAUGGAUGUCAAAAAGAAAUCGGUUGCGCAUCGAGUGAUGAGUGCCCCUCCCAGCAGGCGUGCAUCAAUGCUCUUUGCGUGGAUCCUUGCACCCACCACAAUCCGUGCAGCCGAAAUGAAGACUGUCGUGUUCUCAACCAUCAGCCGCUUUGUUCAGCAGAACAUGGUCGCACACCUGGCUGUGAGCAUUGUCCACCAGGAGCUAACUGCGAUCCGACAACCGGUGCUUGUAUAAAGGCUAAUGUAACAAUAACAACUAUUACUACCAAGAACUCCACAUCUACCAAGAUACCAACGAAACCAAGAACAACAGCUAACCCAAACACAGGCGUCAAAACGACGCCGACAACCACGGGGGCCAACACAAGAACCACCACCACAACCACUACUACCACUUCCUCCACUAGCACUGAAUCGAGCACAAUCACAAGCGCUACUAACCAGACCAGUAAGAACCACAAACCAGACACAGAAAGCACCACCUCCCACACCGAUGCCACGAGGCGGUAUCGCGAUGGUGAGAACAAUAUCACCGAUACGCCAACCCCGAGGCCCACGAUCCAGACGACCACGUUGCGGGGCGAAGAUAUCAUAAGUGACAGUCAGAGGCGGUCCACCACGACGCCCAAAAUGAAGACGACCCGGCUGGACACUUCGAACGAAGUCCCAGACACCACAACGCCGUGGCCCUUGGAGCUGCCCACCAUGGAGGGCACCACCACGGAGGUCUACAACACCAUGUUUGCCCCGCUGGGCAACACCACUGACACCUCAUUAAUUAACCCAUGUACAGUAGAUACUAAUUGUGCCCCUAGCGAGCACUGCAAGCUGGGCCAUUGCCGUAAGAAAGAACCGCCGGGUUCACCGAAAACGCCCGAACCCUGUCAAUCUAACAACGACUGCAUUGAGAGCGAGGCCUGUUACAUGGGCCUGUGCCAGGAUCCGUGCGAGUUUGCCAAGAUCUGUGCCGCGACCGCCAAGUGCACGGCCAAGAGCCACCGACCAGUUUGCACCUGUCCGCAGGGCCAUGAGGGCAAUCCGAUGGUCAAGUGUGUAACCACUCAAACCUCAAUUGAAUGCACUGACGAUUCGGACUGCGGAGUCACGGAGGCGUGCAUCAAUCAGCUGUGCCAGCAUCCUUGCGAUGUCCAUGAUCCCUGUGCCACGAAUGCCGUUUGCAUCAACACCAACCAUGCAGCCGAUUGCAGCUGUGCGGAUGGAUUCCAGGGCAAUGGAUUCGUUGGCUGUCAGCCAGCACGAACCCCUGUCUGUCAAUACAACGAGGACUGUCCGCCGACGAAGCUCUGCGAUCGCCUCAACCGGCGCUGCAUUAAUCCGUGCCAGGAGGACUCUUGCGGCGAGAAUGCCGAGUGUAUUCCGGUGAACCACGGAACAGACUGUCGCUGCCUGCCCGGAUUCCUUGGCAAUGCCUAUGUGCAGUGUCUGCCCAGUCAGGGUUGCCGUUCCGAUUCCGAGUGUGAUUCCAGUCAGGCCUGCAUCAACGGAAAGUGCUCAUCGCCCUGUCAAUGCGGUGCCUUUGCCCUCUGCGAUGUGGUGAACCAUCGCGGUGUGUGCAAGUGCCCACCGGGCUACAACGGAAAUCCCCAGGUGGGCUGCAGUCCACCCCAGGAUCCCUGCGACCCCAAUCCAUGUGGCUUGAAUGCCCUGUGCGAGCUCGACAAUGGCAACCCCAUCUGCUACUGCCCCAAGGGUCUUACCGGAAAUCCCUUCAAGAAUUGCAUUCCCGAGGGAGAUGAGUGCACCCCGAAUCCUUGUGGACCCAAUUCCGGCUGCCGUCGCGUGGAUGGCAACCCGAUUUGCUUCUGCCUGCCGGAGUACGAGGGUCAGCCGCCGUCGAUUCCCUGCGAGCUGCCCUCGAAUCCCUGCGAUCCUUCGCCCUGUGGACCCAAUACCCAGUGCUCCGUUCUGAGCAACGGUUUCUCCAAGUGCACCUGUCUGCCCAACUAUGUGGAGAGCCCCAACACCAUCCGUGGCUGCGUUGAACCCAUUAAUCCCUGUGACCCCAAUCCCUGUGGAACUGGUGCCAUCUGCGAUUCAUCGCGACAGCCCGUCUGCUAUUGUCCGGACAACAAGAUUGGAAAUCCCUUCAGGUUGUGCGACAAGCCAGCCGUCACCAUUGAGCUUUGCCAGCCGGGACCUUGCGGAAGAAAUGCCGACUGCUAUGUGGCCGGAAAUCGUGAGGAGUGCUACUGCCGCUCCGGAUAUGUGGGAGAUGCCUAUCAGGGAUGCCGUGAACCCAGUCGCACCGUUUGCGAUCCCAAUCCCUGCGGACCCAAUGCCAAUUGCGUGGUGGCAGGCGAUGGACAGACCGCCUGCGUUUGUCCCGAUGGCCUGUCUGGUGAUCCCACCUCCCUGAUCGGUUGCCACGGCUACGAGUGCCAGGUGGAUGCCGAUUGCCCGAACAGCAAGGCCUGCAUGGGCUACCGCUGCUACGAUCCCUGCCCCGGAGCCUGUGGCCAAGGAGCCCACUGCCAGGUGGAGGAACAUCACCCGGUUUGCUCCUGCAAUGCCGGAUUGACCGGCAACCCAGGAGUUCGCUGCUAUGCCCUGGAUCAUCCCAAGACGAAUCCUUGUGUGCCCAGCCCAUGUGGUCGGAAUAGUGAGUGCAAGUUGCUGAAUAACCGCGCCGUCUGCUCCUGCAUCCCAGGCUACCUGGGUGAUCCACAGUCGGGCUGCCAACCGGAGUGCGACAUCAACUCGGAUUGCGGGGAUACAUUGUCCUGCAUUAACCACAAGUGCGUGGAUCCUUGUGCCGGUGCGAUCUGUGGCAUCAAUGCCAUCUGUAAUGUGCGCCAGCACACGCCAGUUUGCCUCUGCUUGGACGGAUUCGUCGGCGAUGCCUUCUUGCAGUGUGUACCCAUUGGAAUACUGAAGAAUGUUUCGCGGGAUCCUUGUGCCCCGUCGCCCUGUGGACCCCGAGAUGUCUGCUCGGUGUUCGGCGAUGGUGUGGCUUUAUGUGAUCCUUGCUUUGGACCCAAUGCCCAGCAGAAUCCACGCUGCCGGCCGGAGUGUGUGGCCAAUUCGGAUUGUCCGUUUGAUCGCGCCUGUCUGGGCCAACGCUGCCAGGAUCCCUGCCCCGGAUCCUGUGGACGGAAUGCCAUCUGCAAUGUGUACGAGCACAACCCAGUGUGUGCCUGCCCCACGGGUCUCUUUGGAAAUCCCUACGAGCAGUGCACCACGCAGUCGGUGGUGGAGCCACCACCACAGCCUAGCUGCGCCAAGCUGCGUUGCGGAGCCAAUGCCGAGUGCAGGCGUCAGUCCGGCGGUCUGGCCUGCGUCUGCCGCAAGGGUUACUUCGGUGACCCGCAUAUUGGCUGCCGGCCGGAGUGCGUGCUUAAUAGUGACUGCCCGGCGGAGAAGGCCUGCCUGAAUUCCAAGUGCGUGGAGGCUUGUUCGGGUGUGUGCGGCAUCAAUGCCGUCUGCCGUGUGGUCAACCAUGCGCCGGUUUGCAUCUGUGCCGAGGGCUUUAGUGGAGAUGCCUCGAUAGCCUGCAAUCCCUUCUACCUGCCACCGCCAGUGCGUCCAACUCCAUGUGAGCCAUCGCCCUGUGGACCCAACUCGCGCUGCAAAGCCACCCCCGAUGGCUAUGCCGCCUGCUCCUGCCUGCCGAACUUCAAGGGAGCUCCGCCAGUCUGCCAGCCCGAGUGCGUGGUCAGCUCGGAGUGUGCUCCCAACCAGGCCUGCUUGAAUCAGCGGUGUGCCGAUCCCUGUCCCGGUAUCUGCGGGGGUGGAGCCCGCUGUGAAGUCUUGAAUCACAACCCCAUCUGUUCUUGUGAGGCCAAUUUCGAAGGCGAUCCGUUUGUGGCCUGCUCACCCAUCCAGGAUCCAGGACGCGACAUCGCUGUGCCAAAGAACCCGUGCGUGCCAUCCCCUUGCGGACCCAACUCCAUAUGCCAGAUCAAACAGAACCGACCAGUCUGCUCCUGUGUGGCCAACUACAUUGGCAGCCCGCCAUAUUGCCGGCCGGAGUGCACGCUGAGCAGUGAGUGUCCCUCGGACAAGGCCUGCAUCCAGGAGAAGUGCCAGAACCCGUGUGCCAACAUCUGUGGACACAAUGCCCGCUGUACGGUCAUCGCCCACUCGGCCCACUGCAGUUGCGACGAUGACUUCGAGGGAGAUGCCUUCAUCGGUUGCUCUAAGAAGAUUCCAGAAAAACCCGGCGACCACAUUGAUCCUUGCUACCCCAAUCCUUGUGCCGAGAACGCUGUGUGCACACCGCACAACAAUGCCGCUCGCUGUUCCUGCAUUGAGCCCUACAAUGGAGAUCCUUAUAGUACAGGAUGUCGUCCGGAAUGCAUCUACAGCUCCGAGUGCCCCUCAUCGCUGGCCUGCAUCAAGCAGCAUUGUCGCGAUCCCUGCACGGCUGCUUGUGGACCGAAUGCCGAGUGCGCCGUGGUCAACCACUUGGCCUCCUGCAGUUGCACCCGAGGAUUCGAGGGUAAUCCCUUCGAGGGAUGCAAGCGGGUGCCGAUUGUGAGACCCGAGAGCGUGUGCGAACCGAAUCCGUGUGGACCCAAUAGCAUCUGUCGCACCGUCGAGGGACAUCCCACGUGCAGCUGCCAGGCCGGCUACUUCGGAGCGCCGCCUCAGUGCAGACCCGAGUGCGUGGUCAGCUCGGAGUGUGCCCAGCACCUGGCCUGCAUCAACCAGAAGUGCACGGAUCCGUGUGCGGAGACCUGCGGUUUCAAUGCCAAGUGUCAGGUGAACAACCACAAUCCCAUCUGCUCCUGCCCAGCCAACUAUGUGGGCAAUCCAUUCGAACAAUGUGUCCCGAAACCACCACCAGAACAAGACCGCCAUGUGGAUCCUUGCCUGCCCAGCCCAUGUGGCUCCAAUUCCAUUUGUCGCAAUGUGAACAACCGAGCCGAGUGCUCUUGUGCCCCCGGAAUGUUUGGGGCUCCACCGAAUUGCCGACCGGAGUGUGUAAUUAACCAGGAUUGCCCAUCGAAUCGGGCUUGUAUUCGUCAACGAUGCGAGGAUCCCUGCAUCGGCAUCUGCGGCUUUAAUGCCGUGUGCUCCACCCAGAAUCACCAGCCCAAGUGCAGUUGCAUUGAGAGCUUCGAGGGUGAUCCGUACACCGCCUGCCGAAUGCGUGAGAUCGUGGUGCCAGAUCCACCCUCCGAUCCAUGCUAUCCAUCGCCCUGUGGCGCGAAUGCCAUUUGUCGGGUGCGCAACGGAGCCGGCUCCUGCACCUGCAUCCAGAACUAUUUCGGUGAUCCGUACCUCAAUUGCCGCCCGGAAUGCGUCCAGAAUAGCGAUUGUCCCGGCAGCCGGGCAUGUAUUAAUAUGAAGUGUCGCGAUCCUUGCGCCAAUGCCUGCGGAUUCAAUGCCAUCUGCCGGGUGGCCCAUCACCAGCCGGUUUGCAGUUGUGAAACGGGCUUCACCGGCAAUCCACUGCGCGCAUGCGUGGAAAGACCCUCAAAUAUGUACCUACCCCUGCCCAAAGACCCUUGUAGACCCUCGCCUUGUGGCCUGUUCAGCACUUGUCAUGUGGUUGGGGAUCGUCCCGUGUGCGCCUGCUUGCCAGACUACAUGGGUGCUCCGCCCAACUGCCGGCCCGAGUGCAUGACCAGUGCCGAGUGUCCCUCGGACAGGGCCUGCAUCAACCAACGGUGCAAGGAUCCUUGUCCCGGAACCUGUGGCUACAAUGCACGCUGUCGCUGCACCAAUCACUCGCCCAUCUGCAGUUGCUACGAAGGCUACACCGGGGAUCCGUUCCACCAGUGUGUGCCCGAAAGAAAACCACCACCGCCAAUAGCCGAUCCCAUUGUUCCGCCCAAUCCUUGUGUGCCGUCACCCUGUGGGCCCAACUCUCAGUGCCAGGUUUCCAGCAGCGGAGCUGUCUGCUCCUGCGUGACCAACUACAUAGGACGUCCGCCUGGCUGUCGGCCAGAGUGCAGCAUCAAUUCCGAGUGCCCGGCCAGAAUGGCCUGCAUCAAUGCUCGAUGUGCCGAUCCCUGCAUUGGAUCGUGUGGAAAUAACGCACUCUGCCAUGUUAGCCUGCAUGCUCCGGUUUGCAUGUGCGAGCCUGGCUUCUCCGGUGAUCCCUUCUCCGGCUGCUACAAGAUCAUAGAGACGCCCAUUGAGGUGAUCCAACCCUGUCGUCCCAGUCCGUGUGGCUUGAAUGCCCUUUGCGAGGAGCGAAAUCAGGCUGCCGCCUGCAAGUGUCUGCCGGAAUACUUUGGGGAUCCGUAUGUAGAGUGCCGCCCCGAGUGCGUCAUCAACUCUGACUGUCCCAGGUCGCGUGCCUGCGUCAACCAGAAGUGCGUGGAUCCCUGCCCGGGAAUGUGCGGUCACAGCGCCCUGUGCGCCGUCUUCAAUCACGCGCCCAACUGCGAGUGCCUGCCUGGUUACACGGGUAACCCCAUCGUUGGUUGCCACCUGGUGCCCGAGACUCCGCGCUAUCCCGACCCCAUAGUGCCCGAAAAUCCCUGCCAACCAUCGCCCUGCGGCCUCUACAGCAACUGUCGUCCGGUCAAUGGCCACGCAGUCUGCUCCUGUGUGCCCAACUACAUCGGUUCCCCUCCCAACUGCCGGCCCGAGUGCAUGAGCAGCUCGGAGUGCGCCCAGGACAAGUCGUGCCUCAACGAGCGCUGCAAGGAUCCCUGCCCAGGCACCUGCGGCAACAACGCCCUGUGCCGCGUGGUUAACCACAAUCCAAUCUGCUCCUGCAGUCCCGGCUUCAGCGGUGAUCCCUUCGUGCGCUGCUUCCCCCAAGAGAAGCGGCCCCCCAUCACCCAUGAUCGCAUCGAUCCGUGCGUGCCCUCGCCAUGUGGUCCCAAUUCCGAGUGCCGGGUGUCGGCUGCCAAUGAGCAGGCGGUCUGCUCAUGCUUGCAACAUUAUGUGGGUAGGGCGCCCAACUGCCGGCCCGAGUGCACCUCGGACUCCGAGUGCGUCGGCAGUUUGGCCUGCAUCAAUCUGCGCUGCCGGGAUCCGUGUGUCGGAACCUGCGGCUUCCAGGCCACUUGCCUUGUAAAUAACCAUAGACCCAUUUGCCGCUGCAUCGACGGCUAUGCAGGGGAUCCGUUCUCAGAGUGUAGUCCGAAGAUUAUUGUCCCGCCCGAGGUGGCACAGCCCUGCAACCCGAGUCCCUGCGGCGCCAAUGCCAUUUGCAAGGAGCGCAAUGGAGUUGGCUCUUGCUCCUGCCUGCCGGAGUAUAAUGGAGAUCCGUAUACCGAGUGCCGUCCGGAGUGCGUGCUGAAUAGUGACUGCUCGAAGAACCGCGCCUGCCUCAACAACAAGUGCCGCGAUCCCUGUCCGGGUGUCUGUGGCGUUUCCGCCGAGUGCCAUGUGAUCAAUCACGCCCCCAGCUGCAGUUGUCCCUCAGGAUACACUGGCAAUCCCUCGCAAUAUUGUCGGGAGAUACCCAAAUUGCCCGCCCCCGUGGAACCCUGUCGUCCUUCGCCCUGCGGUCCUUACAGCCAGUGCCGCGAGGUGAACGGACAUGCGGUCUGCUCCUGCGUUACCAAUUACAUUGGCACUCCGCCCGCCUGUCGUCCCGAGUGCUCGGUUAGCUCCGAGUGCUCCCAGGACAGGGCGUGCGUGAACCAGCGCUGCGUGGACCCUUGUCCGGGCACCUGUGGCAACGAGGCCAUCUGCAAGGUGACCAACCACAAUCCGAUCUGCUCCUGCCCAGCCGGCUACAGCGGCGAUCCCUUCGUACGCUGUGCCCCCUGGCAGGAGGAGCCGGAGCAACCGAAGUCCAACGAGAAUCCCUGCGUGCCCAGUCCCUGCGGACGCAAUUCCCAGUGCCGUGUUGUGGGCGAGACGGGUGUCUGCUCCUGCCUGCCCAAUUUCGUGGGCAGGGCGCCUAAUUGUCGACCCGAGUGUACCAUCAACACCGAGUGUCCUGCCACCCAGGCGUGCGUCAAUGAGCGCUGCCAGGAUCCCUGUCCGGGAUCGUGUGGCUUCAAUGCCUACUGCAGUGUGGUGAAUCACUCGCCCGUCUGCUCCUGCGACAAUGGUUACACUGGUGAUCCCUUCGCCGGCUGCAAUCCGCAACCUCCCACCGUGCCCGAUGAGCGACUGACUCCCUGCCAACCCUCGCCCUGUGGCCCCAAUGCCGAGUGCCGCGAACGCAACGGAGCCGGCUCCUGUACUUGUUUGCCGGAGUACUUCGGUGAUCCGUACAGUGGCUGUCGACCGGAGUGCGUGGUGAACAGUGAUUGCUCCCGCGACAAGUCGUGCGUCAACCAGAAAUGCGUGGACCCCUGUCCAGGUGUUUGUGGUCUGAAUGCCCAGUGUCGGGUGUCCAAUCAUCUGCCCAGCUGCACUUGCCUGGCCGGAUACACUGGAAAUCCGUCGAGCGCGUGCCGUGAAAUUCCUCAGUUGCCCCCACCACCCGAACGGGAUGAGAACCCCUGUAGACCCUCGCCCUGCGGUCCCUACAGCCAGUGCCGCGAGGUCAACGGCCAUGCCGUCUGCUCCUGCCUCCAGGGCUUCGUCGGCUCGGCACCCAGCUGCCGGCCCGAGUGCAUCAUUAGCUCGGACUGCGCCCAAGAUCUCAACUGUCAGAAUCAGAAGUGCGUGGACCCCUGUCCCGGCACUUGUGGCAUCGAGGCCCGCUGCCAGGUCAUUAACCACUAUCCCGCAUGCUCCUGUGCCCCAGGUUUCACCGGAGAUCCCUUCAACCGGUGCACUAAGAUAUUGUUGGAGCCCCCACCCACCGAAAAGUCCGGUAAUCCCUGCAUCCCCUCACCGUGCGGACCCAACUCGAAAUGCCUCGAUGUCGGCGGUUCGCCUGCAUGCUCCUGCCUGCCCGACUACCUGGGACGUCCGCCCAACUGCCGGCCCGAGUGCCUCAGUAGCGCCGACUGUCCCGCCAACCUGGCCUGUGUGAACCAGCGCUGCUCGAACCCGUGCAUCGGUGUCUGUGGCCUGCACUCCACGUGCACGGUCAUCAAGCACCGACCGGCAUGCGAGUGUGUGCCUGGCUUCACCGGAGAUCCCUUCUCCGGCUGUGCGAUCGUGCAGCAAAUUGCUCCGCCGGAUGAGCCCAGAAACCCCUGCAAUCCCAGUCCCUGCGGAGCGAAUGCCAUUUGCCGGGAGCGCAAUGGAGCUGGCUCCUGUGCCUGCCUGCCGGAAUACUUUGGAGAUCCGUACAGCGGCUGCCGACCGGAAUGUGUCCAGAACGACGAUUGCGAUCGGUCGCGUGCCUGCAUCAACAACAAGUGCCAGGACCCAUGUCCCGGAGCCUGCGGCAUCAAUGCCGAGUGUAGGGUGCUGAAUCACGGACCCAACUGCAACUGCUUCGAUGGCUACACCGGAGAUCCGCAUCGCUCGUGCUCGCUGAUCGAGGUGGUCACCCGACGACCGGAGAAUCCAUGCCAACCCUCUCCCUGCGGACCGUACAGCCAGUGCCAGGAUACCAACGGACAUGCGGUGUGCAGCUGCCUGGAGAACUACAUUGGAGCGCCGCCCAGCUGCAAGCCGGAGUGCGUGGUCAGCUCGGAGUGCCCCCAGAACAGGGCGUGCAUCAACCAGAAGUGCGAGGAUCCGUGCCGCGGAUCUUGCGGCAACAAUGCCAAGUGCCAGGUGGUCAACCACAAUCCUAUUUGUACAUGCCAGCCCGGCAUGACAGGAGAUCCCAUCUCGGGCUGUGCCCCCGCUCCGGAGGUCAAGAACGUGGAGAAUCCCUGCGUGCCAUCGCCAUGUGGUCCCAACUCGGUGUGCCGAGAGAUUGGCAACCAGGCCGCCUGCUCCUGCCAGACCAACUUCAUUGGACGUCCGCCCACCUGUCGGCCGGAAUGUACGAACAACGACGAGUGCCAGAACCAUUUGUCCUGCCAGCAGGAACGUUGCGUUGAUCCCUGUCCCGGUUCGUGUGGCAGCAAUGCCAUCUGCCAGGUGGUGCAGCACAAUGCUGUCUGCUCCUGUGCCGAUGGCUACGAGGGAGAACCGCUCUUUGGCUGCCAACUCAUCCCGGCUGUGACGCCCACUGAGUCACCUACGUCGCCCUGCGAACCCUCGCCCUGUGGCCCGCAUGCCGAGUGCCGGGAGAGGAAUGGAGCCGGAGCCUGCUACUGUCAUGAUGGCUUCGAGGGUAAUCCGUAUGAUGCCCAACGAGGAUGCCGACGCGAGUGCGAGAACAACGAUGAAUGCUCGGCUGUCCAAGCCUGCUCGCGAUUCAAGUGCGUCGAUCCGUGCAACAAUAUCUGCGGAGACUAUGCCAUUUGUACAGUUGACAAACAUGUGCCCACCUGUGACUGCCCGCCGGGUUACACUGGAGAUCCGUUCUUCAGCUGCAAACCUGUGCCGGUCACGCCGCGACCUCCUCUGAAUCCCUGCAAUCCAUCGCCCUGCGGACCCAACAGCAACUGCCGUGCCAUGAACAACCAGGCCGUGUGCUCCUGCCAGGCGGGAUUCAUCAACCAGCCGCCCAACUGCAAGCCGGAGUGCGUGGUCAGCGCCGAGUGCGCCCCGGAAAGGGCCUGUGUGAACAAGAAGUGCGUGGAUCCCUGUCUGCACACCUGCGGCAUUCGAGCCAUCUGCACCACCAAGAACCACAGCCCCAUCUGCACCUGUCCACGGACCAUGACAGGAGAUCCGUUUGUUGAGUGCACCCGAGUUGCCAUCACCAAUGACAAUACGACACCGUCGCCGGCACCCGCAUCGUGUGUGCCAUCUCCUUGUGGACCCAACGCCAAGUGCCAGAUUGUGGGCAACAGUCCCGCCUGCUCCUGCCUGCCGAACUUCAUUGGAGCACCGCCUCGCUGUCGCCCAGAGUGCGUACUAAACUCCGAGUGCGGACCCACGGAGGCGUGCAUCAACCAGAAGUGUGCCGAUCCCUGCUCAGGAUCCUGCGGAUUCGAGGCCAAGUGCCAUGUGCUCAACCACCUGCCCAUUUGCAACUGCAUCGAGGGCUACGAGGGCGAUCCGUUCGUGCGUUGCACCAAGAAGGAAGAGGAGAGAACUCCGCCCACAGUGAAUGAUCCAUGCAACCCGAAUCCGUGCGGACUGAAUGCAGACUGCUUUGCCGGCGAGUGUCGCUGCCAGAAUAACUACCAAGGAAACGCCUACGAGGGAUGCCGACCCGAGUGUACGCUCUCGGCCGAUUGUCCCAGGGACAAGGCCUGUAUGCGCAACCGGUGUGUGGAUCCCUGUCCAGGAAUCUGUGGCAACAAUGCCAUGUGCGAGGUGAUGAACCAUAUACCAGUGUGCUCCUGCGUGCAGGGCUACGAGGGAGAUCCGUUCGUCAAUUGCCGCGUGAAACCGGUCGUAGAGGAUCCCAUAAUCGAGGCCUGUUCCCCAUCGCCGUGCGGAUCGAACAGCCAGUGCCGAGAUGUCAACGGACAUGCGGUAUGCUCCUGCCUGGAGGGCUACAUUGGAGCACCGCCCCAGUGCCGUCCCGAGUGUGUGGUGUCCAGCGAGUGCUCCGCUUUGCAGGCUUGCGUGAACAAGAAGUGCGUGGAUCCCUGCGCCGCUGCCUGUGGACUCGAAGCCCGCUGUGAGGUUAUCAAUCAUAGCCCCAUCUGUGGCUGCCCACCUGGUCGAACUGGUGAUCCGUUCAAGCAGUGCGUGGUCUUGCAACCCAUUCCCGCACCGGAUGUCAAGACUCCGCCCCAGGAUCCUUGCGUGCCCUCGCCCUGCGGACCCAACUCGAUCUGCAAGCCGGACAGGAAUGGACCCGUCUGCCAGUGCCAAGCCGAGUUCUUUGGCUCGCCGCCCAACUGCCGACCUGAGUGCAUCAUUAAUCCGGACUGUCAAUCGACGCAGGCGUGCAUCAACAAUAAGUGCAGCAAUCCCUGCCCAGAAUCCUGCGGAACGAAUGCCGAGUGUCGUGUGAUUGGACACGCUGUGUCCUGCUCCUGUCCGCCUGGCUAUGCGGGCAACGCCUUCGUCCAGUGUGUGCCGCAGCAGGAGGAGCCACCGAAGCCCUGCCAGCCAUCGCCGUGUGGAGCCAAUGCCGAGUGCAUUGAACGCAACGGAGCCGCCGCCUGCAAGUGCAUCGAUGAAUACCAGGGCAAUCCCUACGAGGGAUGUCGCCCCGAGUGCGUCCUCAGCUCCGACUGUUCCACGGACAAGACGUGCAUCCGCAACAAGUGCCAGGAUCCCUGCCCCGGAAUCUGUGGCUUGAAUGCCCAGUGCUAUGCUGUGAACCAUGUGCCCAACUGUGUCUGUAAUGAUGGCUACACUGGAGAUCCCUUCGCCAGUUGUCGCCGCGUGGAGGUCUCGACGCCACCACCAGUUGCCGAUCCCUGUAUUCCAUCGCCCUGCGGAGCGAAUAGCAAGUGCCGGGUGGCCAACGGCUUGGCCGUCUGCUCCUGCCUGGAUACCUUCAUUGGAGCGCCGCCCAAUUGCAAGCCAGAGUGCACGGUUAAUGCCGAGUGUCCUUCGAACAGGGCGUGCCACAAGUUCCGCUGCGCCAAUCCCUGCACCAAGACGUGCGGCCUGAAUGCCAAGUGCGAGGUGAUUAACCACAAUCCGAUCUGCAGCUGUCCUUUGGACAUGACGGGUGAUCCAUUCGCCCGCUGCUAUCCAUCACCUCCACCGCCGCCGCCGGGACGCGAUGAGCCUGUGAGGAGACCAUGCCAACCAUCUCCCUGUGGCCUUAACUCGGAGUGCAGGGUGCGCGACGAGCAGGCCUCCUGCUCCUGCCUGCCCAACUUCAUUGGAGCACCGCCCAAUUGUCGGCCCGAGUGCGUUGUCAACACGGAUUGCUCACCGGACCGAGCUUGCAUAGCCGAGAAGUGCCGCGAUCCCUGCGAUGGCUCCUGCGGCGUGGACUCCGAGUGCCGUGUGCAGAACCACUUGGCCAUCUGUACCUGUCGUGGUGGCUUCACCGGCGAUCCGUUUGUCCGUUGCAUCGAGUUUAUUGAGGAGACUACAAAGUCACCGCCGCUCACUCAGGAUCCCUGCGAUCUGCAGCCAUGCGGUUCGAAUGCCGAGUGCAGGAAUGGAAUAUGUAGCUGUCUGGCGGAUUACCAGGGAGAUCCCUACACCGGCUGUCGUCCGGAGUGCACGCUGAGUACCGAUUGCCCGCCCACCAAGGCUUGUCUGAACAAGAAGUGCGUUGAUCCCUGCCCCGGAGUUUGUGGCCAGAACUCGCAGUGCGAUGUCUCGAAUCACAUUCCAAUCUGCAGUUGUCUGCAGGGCUACACGGGUGAUCCAUUCGUCCACUGCCGCCACGAGACUCCAGUUGCUAAAGACCCAUGCCAACCGAAUCCCUGCGGACCCAACAGCUUGUGCCACAUUUCCGGUCAGGGACCCGUGUGUGCCUGUCAGCCGGGAAUGCUGGGCUCACCGCCCGCCUGCAAACCCGAGUGCAUCGUCAGCUCCGAGUGCUCGCUGCACAUGGCCUGUGUGAACAGGAAGUGCGUGGAUCCGUGCCCGGGAGCCUGUGGUCAGUUUGCCCGCUGCCAGGUGAUCAACCACAACCCGUCGUGCUCUUGCAACACGGGCUACACCGGUGAUCCGUUCACUCGCUGUUACCAAGAGGAGAGAAAGCCACCACCAACGCCGGAUAACCCAUGUCAACCGUCGCCCUGCGGACCCAAUUCCGAGUGCAAGGUGCUGAAUGGCAAUGCAGCCUGCUCGUGCGCAGCUACCUUCAUUGGAACGCCGCCAAGCUGCCGACCCGAGUGCUCCAUCAAUCCGGAAUGUCCACCGACCAAGGCCUGCAUCCGCCAGAAGUGCUCGGAUCCGUGCGUGAAUGCCUGCGGAUUCAAUGCCCGCUGCAAUGUGGCCAAUCAUCAACCCAUCUGCACCUGCGAUGUGGGCUAUACUGGAGAUCCGUUCACCGGCUGUCAGAAGGAGCAAGAACGCAUUGUCAAUGAGCAGGUUACCCCCUGCGAACCCAAUCCCUGUGGCUCGAAUGCAGUGUGCCGCGAAAGAAACGGCAUCGGUUCCUGCCAGUGCCUGCCCGAUCACUUUGGUGACCCCUAUCAGUCGUGUCGUCCGGAGUGCGUUCGUCACUCGGACUGCCCUUCGAACAGGGCCUGUCAGCAGCAGAAGUGUCGCGAUCCCUGUCCCGGCACCUGUGGCACCAAUGCGGACUGCAGUGUCACGAAUCAUCUGCCCACCUGUACCUGCCGCCUUGGAUUCACUGGCGAUCCGUAUCGCUACUGCCAUGUGGAACCAACUCAGCUCCCUGCCCGUGUGACCGAACCCAGCCAACCCUGUCGCCCCUCGCCAUGUGGUCCCAACUCCCAGUGUCGCGAACUCAACGGUCAGGCCGUCUGCUCCUGUCUGGAGCUCCACAUCGGUCUGCCACCCAAUUGUCGACCCGAGUGUGUGUUGAGCACGGAAUGCCCCACCGACAAGGCCUGCAUCAGUCAACGUUGUCAGGAUCCGUGUCCAGGCACUUGUGGCUUAAAUGCCGAGUGCCGGGUGCGAAGUCACAGUCCGCUGUGUCAGUGUCGUCAAGGAUUCACCGGUGAUUCCUUCACGCGCUGCUAUCCCCUGCCACCCCCACCACCUGUAAUCGAACGUGUUGAGCGUGAUCCCUGUCUGCCCUCACCCUGCGGUCUGAAUAGUCAGUGCCGCAAUGUUCAGGGAGUGCCUUCCUGUUCCUGCCUGCCGGAAUUCCUGGGGGCUCCGCCCAACUGUCGACCCGAGUGCACCAUCAGUGCCGAGUGUCCCUCAAAUCUGGCCUGCAUACGCGAGAAGUGCAUUGAUCCGUGUCCCGGUUCCUGCGGCUAUGCAGCCGAGUGUAAUGUGGUCAACCACACGCCCAUUUGCGUGUGUCCAGCUGGUUUUACGGGUGAUCCGUUCAGUAGCUGUCGUCUAGCGCCACCUCCUGAACCUACGCAAAACGAAUAUGUGGAUCCCUGCAACCCAUCACCUUGUGGCCCCAAUGCCCAGUGCAAUGCUGGAGUCUGCAGCUGCCUGGCUGAAUUCCAUGGCGAUCCUUAUUCCGGUUGUCGGCCCGAGUGCGUCCUGAGUUCCGACUGCCCGCGGGAUAAGGCCUGUCAUCGCAGCAAGUGUGUGAAUCCCUGUCCUGGAACUUGUGGCGAGAAUGCCAUUUGCGAUGUCAUCAAUCACAUACCCAUGUGCAGAUGCCCGGAACGCACCGCUGGCAGCGCUUUUAUCCGCUGUUCUCCUGUGCAGAUUUCAGUCACCAAUCCCUGCCGACCCUCACCGUGUGGUCCCAAUUCCCAGUGCCGCGAGGUCAAUCAGCAGGCUGUUUGCUCGUGCCUGCCCAGCUUCAUUGGAGCUCCGCCAUCCUGCCGACCAGAGUGCACCUCCAACGCGGAGUGUGCACCCACCCAGGCUUGUCUCAACCAACGGUGCGGAGAUCCCUGCCCCGGAACGUGUGGAGUGGGUGCCCAGUGUGCUGUAGUCAGCCACAGUCCCUUCUGCACAUGUCCUCCGAGGUUCACGGGUAAUCCCUUCAUUCGUUGUCAGCCUCAGAUUGAACCUCCUGUUCGUGAUGUGGCUCCCGUUGAUCCCUGUCGCCCCUCUCCUUGUGGACCCUACUCCCAGUGUCGCCCUGUAGGCGAGGCUCCCGCGUGUUCCUGCCUGGAAACCUACAUUGGACGUCCGCCAAACUGCCGUCCGGAAUGUGUGACCAGUUCGGACUGCUCCAGUCAACUGGCCUGCGUCAACCAGAAGUGCGUGGAUCCCUGCCCAGGACGUUGUGGCCUCAAUGCCGAGUGCCAUGUGGUCAGUCAUGCUGUGCAGUGCAUCUGCCAGCAGGGCUUCAGUGGAGAUCCCUUCGUGCACUGCCGUCCGGAGAUUGCCUAUGAAAAUGAAAUACGCACGCCGUGCAGCCCAAGCCCUUGCGGAUCGAAUGCCGUGUGCCGCGAUCGCAAUGGAGUGGGAUCCUGCCAGUGUCUGCCGCAGUACUUUGGAGAUCCUUACGAGGGAUGUCGCCCGGAAUGCAUGCUUGACUCGGAUUGCCCCUCGAACAGGGCUUGUCAGCAACUGAGAUGCCAAGAUCCCUGCCCAGGAACUUGUGGUCUAAAUGCCAACUGUCAAGUGGUUAACCAUUUGCCGCAAUGUAAUUGCCUCAACGGAUAUGUGGGUGACCCAUACCGUCAAUGUAAUCGACUGCCAGAACCACCCCAAAUGGAGUACGUUAAUCCCUGUCAGCCCACACCGUGUGGUCCGAACUCUCAAUGCCGGGUUUCCAAUGAGCAAGCCGUUUGCUCCUGCCUGCCCCAGUUUGUGGGAGCUCCACCGUCCUGCCGACCCGAAUGCACCAUCUCGUCGGAAUGUCCUGCGGACAGGGCGUGUGUCAAUCAGAAGUGCGUGGAUCCUUGCACAGCAGAUACUUGCGGAAACAAUGCUGUUUGUAGGGUUCGAAACCACAGUCCCAUUUGCAGCUGCCUCAGUGGUUACACAGGCGACGCUUUCACUCGUUGCUUCCCCAUUCCACCGCCGAUUAUCGAGACCAAGGACGAACCUCUGAGGGAUCCCUGUGUGCCAACACCCUGUGGUCCCAACUCCGAAUGCCGCAAUAUUAACGGUGUGCCUGCCUGUUCCUGCCUGGUCAACUUUAUUGGCCAGGCUCCCAAUUGUCGCCCCGAGUGCACUAUUAACUCAGAGUGUCCCAGUCAGUUGGCUUGUAUUAACCAAAAGUGUCGCGAUCCCUGCCCGGGAGCCUGCGGUCAAAAUGCCGUUUGCAGCGUCAUCAAUCACACACCACUCUGCGCCUGCAUCGAAGGAUAUAUAGGAAAUCCAUUCACCAACUGCAAUCCCAAGCCCCCAGAACCCGUAACACCACCACCAAUUGCCGACGAUCCUUGCAAUCCAUCACCUUGCGGAGCCAAUGCUCUUUGUCGCAAUGGACAGUGCUCGUGUAUACCCGAGUACCAGGGAGAUCCGUAUGUUUCCUGCCGCCCCGAGUGUGUACUAAACACCGAUUGUCCCAGAGAUCGAGCCUGUGUGCGCAACAAGUGCGUGGAUCCCUGCCCCGGAACUUGUGGUGUGAACGCUUUGUGCGAGGUGACCAAUCACAUUCCCAUUUGCCGCUGCCCCGAGCAGAUGUCCGGUAAUGCCUUCUUCGAGUGUCGACCCGUGCCGCCGGCAAAGAUUCAAGAUCCCUGCCAGCCAUCGCCAUGUGGUCCGAACAGUCAGUGCCGCGUGGUGCAACAGACUGCGGUCUGUUCCUGCCUCUCUAACUAUGUGGGCAGUCCGCCGCAGUGUCGACCGGAAUGUGUGACCAACUCGGACUGUCCUGCGGAUCAGGAUUGCCAGAAUAUGAAGUGUCGCGAUCCGUGCCCUGGUACCUGUGGCUUUAAUGCCCUCUGCAAGGUCGUCAACCACCGUCCCUUCUGCAGCUGCCCCACUGGCAUGUCCGGAAAUCCCUUCGUGAGCUGCCAGCAACUAAUAAUACGCGAUGAGAGACCGCAGAAUCCCUGCCAGCCUUCACCUUGUGGUCCCAACUCCGAAUGUCGUGUGUCAGGAGAAUCACCAUCCUGUUCUUGCCUAGCCGAAUUUGUGGGUGCACCGCCCAACUGUCGACCCGAGUGCAUCUCCAACUCGGAGUGUCCCACAAACCGGGCGUGUAUUAAUCAGAAGUGCGUGGAUCCUUGUCCAGGAUUGUGUGGUCAGAAUGCUAAUUGUCGGGUGUUCAGUCAUAGUGCCAUGUGCUUGUGUGACAGUGGCUUCACCGGAGAUCCGUUUAGUCAGUGCAGUCCGUUUAGGGAUACUCCUCCCGAGAUCCUGCAGCCCUGCAAUCCCAGUCCUUGCGGCGCAAACGCCAAGUGCGAGGAACGUGGCGGUGCAGGAUCAUGCCAGUGCCUGCCUGACUACUUCGGAAAUCCCUAUGAUGGCUGUCGUCCUGAGUGCGUUCUCAACUCUGACUGCCCCUCCAAUCGGGCAUGUGUCAACCAGAAGUGUCGUGAUCCCUGUCCGGGAACCUGUGGCCAAAGUGCCGAGUGCCAGGUGGUCAACCACUUGGCCACCUGUAACUGCCUUUUUGGUUACACCGGCGAUCCGUACAGCCUGUGUCGCAUCAUAGUCAACGAGCCACCUGAACGCGUCUAUGUGAACCCCUGCCAGCCGUCUCCAUGCGGUCCAAACUCCCAAUGCCGUGAAGUCAACGAGCAAGGAGUCUGUUCCUGCUUGCCAGAGUUUAUUGGCAGUCCGCCCGCCUGUCGUCCGGAAUGCACCAGUAGCUCGGAGUGCGCCGCCGACAAGGCUUGUGUGAACCGCAAGUGUGUGGAUCCCUGUCCCAAUGUUUGUGGCCAACAGGCCGAGUGUCGCGUUCGCAACCACAAUCCCAUUUGCACCUGUCUCAGUGGAUUCACGGGUGAUCCCUUCACUCGUUGCUACCGUCAGCCGCCUCCUCCUCCGAUCAUCGAACGUGAACCCCUUGACCCUUGCGUUCCUUCGCCCUGCGGAGCGAACUCCCAGUGUCGCGAGAUUCAUGGCACACCAUCCUGCUCGUGCCUUCCACAAUAUCUGGGUACUCCACCCAAUUGCCGACCGGAGUGUUCCAUCAAUGCCGAGUGUCCCAGUCAUCAGGCCUGCAUCAAUCAGAAGUGCCGCGAUCCCUGUCCGGGUUCCUGUGGCCUCAACACCCAGUGCAAUGUGAUUAACCACACGCCCAUCUGCAGUUGUGUAUCGGGUUAUAUUGGGGACCCGUUCAGCGUUUGUAAUCCCCAGCCAAUACCAGAGAAAAUACGUGACCCAGUGCCACCCGAGGAUCCGUGCAAUCCAUCGCCUUGUGGUUCCAACACCCAAUGCAACAAUGGGGUAUGCUCCUGUUUGCCCGAAUACCACGGUGAUCCUUAUACCGGUUGUCGUCCCGAGUGCGUCCUGCACACAGAUUGUGACCGCAGUCAGGCUUGUGUUCGUCACAAGUGCGUUGAUCCCUGUCCAGGUGUCUGUGGCAUCAAUGCGAUAUGUGAGGUUCUGAAUCACAUACCCAAUUGUCGCUGCUUGGAAAGAAUGCAGGGCAAUGCCUUCAUUCAGUGUAGUCCCAUUCCACAGCUCGACGUCGUUCAGAAUCCUUGCCAGCCCUCACCCUGCGGACCCAACUCUCAGUGUCGCGUUGUUAACCAGCAGGCCAUCUGCUCCUGCAUCUCGCCCUUCAUAGGAAGCCCGCCCUUCUGUCGUCCGGAAUGUACCACCAAUUCGGAGUGCCCCUUGAAUUUGGCCUGUCGCAACCAGAAGUGCAGUGAUCCCUGUCCCGGCGUCUGUGGUCGCGGUGCCCAGUGUCAUGUGACCAAUCACUCGCCCUUCUGCCGCUGCUUGGAGCGCUACACGGGUAAUCCGUUUGUGAGUUGCCAGCAGAUUAUCGAACCACCGGUUCCGCCGCCAAGGCAAACGUGCCUGCCAUCACCCUGCGGACCGUACUCUCAGUGUCGAGAAGUAAACGAGUUGCCCUCUUGCACCUGUCUGGCGGACUACAUUGGAGUACCGCCCAAUUGUCGACCCGAGUGCGUGACCAGUUCGGAGUGUCCCACGAAUCAAGCCUGCAUUCAGCAAAAGUGUCGCGAUCCUUGUCCAGGACUUUGCGGACAAUCAGCGGAGUGUCGGGUUCUUUCGCACACGCCAAGCUGCGUUUGUCCGGAGGGAAUGGAGGGUGAUCCGUUUACCAUUUGCACGGAGAAGAGGAUUCAGGUGCAGGACCAGUUGGAUCCCUGCAAUCCCAGCCCUUGUGGAAUCAAUGCCCGCUGUACCGCCCGCCAAGAUGCCGGCUCAUGUCAAUGUCUGCCCGAAUACUUUGGCAAUCCCUACGAGGGAUGUCGCCCCGAGUGCGUCCUCAAUUCGGAUUGUCCAUCGAACAGGGCUUGCCAGCAGCAGAAGUGCCAGGAUCCGUGUCCAGGAACUUGCGGCCAGAAUGCCAUCUGUAAUGUACUCAAUCAUGUGCCCAGUUGUAGCUGCAUCACAGGAUUCUCCGGUGAUCCGUAUCGCUCGUGUGUCCCAGAACCCGUCAAGGAGUACGUGAAUCCCUGCCAGCCAUCGCCCUGUGGUCCCAAUUCCCAGUGUCGCGAGGUCAACGAGCAAGCCAUUUGCUCUUGUCUGCCGGAAUAUGUGGGAGCUCCGCCUGUGUGUCGCCCCGAGUGUACGAUAUCCUCAGAGUGUCCGGUGGAUAAGGCCUGUGUAAACCAGAAGUGUGUAGAUCCCUGUCCCAACACUUGUGGGGAACAGGCCAUCUGCCGGGUGGUAAAUCACAGUCCCAUUUGCUCAUGUCGCGCCGGUUACACGGGCGAUGCCUUCUUCCGCUGUUUCCCCAAGCCUCCUGAACCACCGGCACCUGUACAAAAGACUCCGGUUGAUCCCUGUGUGCCCUCCCCCUGCGGACCCUACUCCCAGUGCCGUUCUCAGGGCGAUGCUCCCGCCUGUUCCUGUUUAGUAGGAUAUUUGGGAGCUCCUCCCAAUUGCCGACCCGAGUGUCGCAUCAACGCCGAGUGUCCCAGCAGUCAGGCGUGCAUCAAUGAGAAGUGCCGGGAUCCCUGUCCCGGUUCCUGCGGCUAUGGGGCCUUGUGUAAUGUGAUUAAUCACACGCCUAGCUGUACCUGUCCAGCAGGAUACUCGGGAGAUCCAUUCAGUCAGUGUCAGCCACUGCCACCACCGCCAGUAAUACCCGCUAAGCUAGAUGAUCCGUGCAACCCCUCACCCUGCGGUCCCAAUGCUCAGUGCAACAAUGGAGUCUGUACUUGCAUUCCCGAAUACCAUGGCGAUCCCUACAGCGGUUGCCGACCCGAGUGCAUCACCAGUGCGGAUUGCUCACGUGAGCUCGCCUGUUCGCGUCACAAGUGCUUCGAUCCUUGCCCCGGAACCUGUGCCCCCAAUGCCAUCUGUAGUGUCCUCAACCACGUGCCCAUGUGCACUUGUCCAGAGGGUUUCCAGGGCAAUGCGUUUGUACAGUGCCAGCCUGCACCACGUAAAUAUUUUCCUUCCUGUCAUUGGUCCUUCGAACCGGAUAUCCAAUGCAACAUUUCCCUUGCAGCCCCUGUCCUUGUCCAGCCAUGCCAACCCUCUCCGUGCGGACCCAACUCGCAGUGCCGCGAGGUCAACCAGCAGGCCGUGUGCUCCUGUGUGGCUGGGUACUUUGGAACCCCGCCUCUCUGUCGUCCCGAGUGUACAUCCAACUCGGAGUGCUUGUCCCGCCAGGCGUGUGUAAACCAGAGAUGCAGUGAUCCCUGUCCCGGUUCCUGUGGCCGCAAUGCCCAGUGCAGUGUGGUUAACCACAAUCCCUUCUGCACCUGCCUGCCGAGAUUUACUGGCAAUCCCUUCGUGGGUUGUCAACAGAUCAUCGAGCCACCGCGUCAGGAUAUUGUGCCUCAGGAUCCUUGCCGUCCAUCGCCUUGUGGUCCGAACUCUGAAUGCCGUGCUGUUGGCGAGACACCAACUUGCACUUGCCUUGCGGAAUUCGUUGGCUCUCCGCCUUAUUGCAAGCCCGAAUGUGUGGCCAACUCGGAAUGUGCCUCGAAUUUGGCCUGUAUCAAUCAGAAGUGUCGCGAUCCUUGUCCUGGACUAUGUGGUCUAAGUGCCACUUGCCGCGUUGUCUCGCACACAGCCAUGUGCACUUGCGACAUUGGCUUCAUCGGAGAUCCCUUCACCCAAUGUCAGCCUAUUAAGCAGGAUGUGGAGAUCAUCAAUCCCUGCCAGCCGUCGCCCUGCGGCGCCAACGCCGAGUGCAUCCAGAGGAAUGGAGCCGGAGCCUGUCAGUGUCUAACGGAUUACUUUGGAAACCCUUACGAGGGCUGUCGACCGGAGUGUGUCUUGAACUCGGACUGCCCCUCGAAUCGAGCCUGUCAGCAGCAGAAGUGCCGUGAUCCCUGCCCCGGAAGCUGUGGACAGAAUGCCGAGUGCAAUGUAGUGAACCACACGCCCAUGUGCAACUGCUUCGCUGGAUAUGUGGGCGAUCCGUAUCGCUACUGUAGCCAACCGCCAGAACCUGUUGUCCAUGAGUAUGUGAAUCCUUGUCAACCCUCACCCUGUGGCCCGAAUUCCAAUUGUCGCGAGGUCAACGAGCAGGCGGUCUGCUCCUGCCGCGCGGAGUUCGAGGGAGCACCGCCCAACUGUCGACCCCAGUGCACCUCGAGCUCUGAAUGCUCGCCCAGCAAGGCGUGCAUCAAGCAAAAGUGUGUCGAUCCCUGUCCCGGUGUUUGUGGCCAGCAGGCAAUCUGCGAGGUGCGCAACCAUAGUCCCAUUUGUAGGUGUCCCACCGGCAUGACCGGUGAUCCCUUCGUGCGCUGUCUACCUCGACCAACAAUUUCACCACCGCCCCUGAGGGAUGUAGCUCCCUAUCGCGAUCCCUGCCUGCCCUCACCCUGCGGCCUGUACUCCUCCUGCAGGAAUCAACAGGAUCAGGCCGUUUGCUCUUGCCUGCCCAACUACUUUGGCACUCCGCCGCAUUGUCGUCCCGAGUGUUCGAUCAAUGCCGAGUGCCCCAGUCACUUGGCCUGCAUCGGCGAACGAUGCCGUGAUCCUUGUCCCGGUGCCUGUGGUCAGCAGACCGAGUGCCGAGUUAUCAGCCACGUUCCCAGUUGUGUUUGCCUGCGUGGCUAUGUGGGCGAUGCCUUCCUAGCCUGUCAUCCGGCACCACCCCCACCAGCCCGUGAAGAACCCCGUGAUCCCUGCAAUCCCAGUCCCUGCGGCAGUAAUGCCAUCUGCUCCAAUCAGGGAGAUUGCUCAUGUGUGGCCGACUAUCAGGGUGAUCCCUACGUGGCCUGCAGACCCGAGUGCGUUCUCAGUUCGGAGUGUCCCCGUAACCUGGCCUGUGUGCAGCAAAAGUGCACUGAUCCCUGCCCCGGAACCUGUGGCUCCAAUGCCAUCUGCGAGGUGGUCAAUCACAUUGCCAUGUGUCAUUGUCCCGAGCGAAUGACGGGCAAUGCUUUUGUGCAGUGUACCCCAGUGCAACUGGAUGUGUACCGCAAUCCUUGUAAUCCCUCGCCAUGUGGUUCCUAUGCCGAAUGUCGGGAGCAGAACGGUCAGGCUGUGUGCAGCUGUCUUCGUAAUUACUUUGGUGUGCCACCUUCUUGUCGACCCGAGUGUAGCACCAACUACGAUUGUUCCCCCAGUUUGGCCUGUCAGAAUCAACGGUGCGUCGAUCCUUGUCCAGGAUCGUGUGGGGCCUAUGCCGAGUGUCGAGUCGUUAGCCACAGUCCCUUCUGUAGUUGCCGACCCGGUUAUACGGGAAAUCCCAUCGUUCAAUGUCAUGUGAUUAGUAAGUUAAAAAACAUCUUCAGAGGAGAUCAUACAUUUAACGACCCACCUUUAGUUGAACCCCAGCGAGAUAUCGUACCCCAAGAUCCUUGCCAGCCCUCUCCAUGUGGACCAAACAGCGAAUGUCGCCGCGUGGGCGAUACACCUUCCUGCUCCUGCCUGCCCAACUACUUUGGCACUCCGCCCAACUGCCGACCCGAAUGUGUCUCCAACUCCGAGUGCAGUCAGUUGCAAGUGUGCACGAAUAACCGAUGUAGGGAUCCUUGUCCAGGACUCUGCGGCACCGAUGCCGUAUGUCGUGUUAUCAGUCACAGUGCCAUGUGCUACUGCCAACCGGGAUACAUCGGUGAUCCCUUCGUCCGCUGUGAACCACAGAGACUAAGGGAACCGAUUGAGAUAGUUCAACCCUGCAAUCCGAAUCCCUGCGGCUCCUUUGCCGAGUGUCGUCAGCAGAAUGGAGUCGGUUCCUGUCAGUGUCUGCCCGAGUAUUUCGGCAAUCCCUACGAGGGAUGUCGCCCUGAGUGUACCAUCGACUCCGAUUGCUCCUCUCAGCUGGCCUGUGUCAAUCAGAAGUGCCGCGAUCCCUGCCCCGGAAGUUGUGGCCAAAAUGCCGAGUGCUUCGUGCGUAAUCACCUGCCCACCUGCAACUGCCUGAGUGGCUAUGUGGGAGAUCCCUAUCGGUAUUGCAACAUUGAACCGAAACCCAUUCGGGAAUAUGUAAACCCCUGUCAACCCUCUCCAUGUGGACCCAACUCUCAGUGCCGCGAGCUAAACGGAGUGGCCACCUGCUCCUGUCUGCCGGAGUAUGUGGGUCUUCCGCCGGGUUGUAGGCCUGAGUGUACCGUCUCCUCGGAGUGCAAUCUUGACAGGGCCUGCGUUCGUCACAAGUGCACUGAUCCUUGUCCAGGAGCCUGUGGCACUUCUGCCAACUGCCAGGUGGUUAACCAUGCUCCACUCUGCUCUUGUCAAGCGGGCUUCACAGGAGAUCCCUUCACCCGUUGUUACCCGAUUCCUCCUCCACCCACUCAUAUACUCCAAGAUAUAGAGCGCGAUCCUUGCCAACCAUCUCCCUGUGGGGCAAAUGCCCAGUGUAGGCAGUCCCAGGGUCAAGCCAUCUGCUCCUGUUUGCCCAACUACUUUGGUGUCCCGCCCACAUGUCGACCCGAGUGCACUCAGAGUUCAGAGUGCCCGUCCAGUCUGGCGUGCAUCAAUCAACGAUGCGUGGAUCCCUGUCCCGGUUCCUGUGCCUAUAACGCCCUGUGUCAUGUGCGCAAUCACGUGCCCAGUUGUCAGUGUCCCGUGGGCUAUGUGGGUGAUCCGUUCACCAACUGUCAACCCGAACCUCCAGCACCACCCAAACCCAUUGCUCUCGACGACCCCUGUAAUCCUUCGCCCUGUGGACCAAAUGCCCUGUGCCAGAAUGGUCAGUGUUCGUGCAUUGAAGAGUACCAAGGAGAUCCUUAUACCGGCUGUCGUCCGGAGUGUGUGCUUAAUGCAGAUUGUGCGCGAAAUCGAGCUUGUGUUCGUCACAAGUGUGUUGAUCCUUGUCCAGGUACCUGUGCUCCCAACGCCAUUUGCGAUGUGAUCAACCACAUUGCCAUGUGUCGUUGCCCACAGCGCAUGACAGGCAAUGCCUUUAUCCAAUGUGAGACUCCUCCAGUUUCGCUGGCUCCUCCUGAUCCCUGCUACCCCUCGCCCUGCGGUCCCAACAGUCGCUGCCGUGUGUUUAACAACAAUGCCGUGUGCUCCUGCAUCGAGGAUUUCAUUGGAACGCCACCAAAUUGCCGACCGGAGUGUACUCAUAACUCUGAUUGCCUGCCCAGACUGGCGUGCCAGAGGCAGCAUUGCAUGGAUCCGUGCCCAGGAACUUGUGGCUUCAAUGCUCUUUGCCAUGUGGUCAACCAUGCUCCGAUUUGCAGCUGCCCACCCAGGCACAAUGGAAACCCCUUCCUGGGCUGCUUCCCAGAACCAGUGCGACGUGAUGAGAUCAUAACCAGGCAUCCGUGCCAGCCGUCGCCAUGUGGACCAUAUGCCAAGUGCACAGCGGUGGGAGAUCAGGCGCAGUGCAGCUGCCUGGCUGAAUAUAUUGGAACGCCGCCCAAUUGUCGACCGGAGUGUGUGACCAAUUCGGAGUGCUCCUUCGACAAGGCCUGCUUGAACCAACGUUGCCGCGAUCCCUGUCCCGGAACUUGUGGCUCGAAUGCCAAUUGCCAUGUGCUAAGCCAUGCUGCCAUGUGCUACUGCCUACCUGGCUACACUGGUGACCCGUUCACGUCGUGCCGUCAGGUGCCAUUGAUCCAGCACGAGGAGAUCAUUCAACCCUGCUCUCCCAGUCCUUGCGGAGCCAAUGCUGUGUGUCGCCAGGAGGGCAAUGUCGGUUCCUGCCAGUGUCUUCCGGAGUACUACGGCAAUCCCUACGAGAUUUGCCGACCGGAGUGUGUAACGAAUAACGAUUGCCCGGCUCACAAAUCCUGCCAGCACAUGAAGUGCCGGGAUCCUUGUCCCGGAGUCUGUGCCUUGAAUGCCUUGUGUCGCGUUAUUGAUCACUUGCCUACUUGUCAUUGUCACAAUGGCUACGUUGGUGACCCCUAUCGCUACUGUCAGAUUCCCGAGAAACCUGUCCUCAAAGACUAUGUCAAUCCCUGCCAGCCCUCGCCGUGUGGUCCCAACUCGCAGUGCCGUGAGAACAACGAGCAGGCCAUCUGCUCAUGUCUUCCCGAGUACGUGGGUGUUCCACCCAAUUGCCGACCCGAGUGCGUGACCAGUGCAGAGUGUCCGCAUGACAAGGCUUGCAUUGGGCAAAAGUGCAGCGAUCCCUGUCCCGGUGUGUGUGGCACCAAUGCCGAGUGUCGUGUCAUCCAGCAUGCCCCCAUUUGCAGUUGUCGUCCCGGUUUCACAGGCGACGCGUUUUCGCGCUGCUUGCCCCUGCCACCCCCAAGACCACCACAGUUGGACGUCUAUCGAAAUCCCUGUGUGCCCUCGCCUUGUGGCCAGUAUGCCGAGUGCCGGGAUAACCAGGGAACUGCCACCUGCAGUUGUCUGACCUCCUACUUUGGGACUCCGGCCAACUGUCGCCCCGAAUGUACGAUCAAUCCCGACUGUCCGGCUCAUUUGGCCUGUCAGCAGCAGCGGUGUCGCGAUCCCUGUCCCGGAGCCUGUGGAUUCAAUGCCCUGUGCACGGUCAUCAAUCACAAUCCCACUUGUCAGUGUGCCCCUGGACUAAUCGGCAACGCCUUUACAUCCUGCCAUGCUCCACCGCCAAUCGCUCGCGAUCCCCCGCAAAUAGUUGAUCCCUGUUCAUUGAUCACCUGCGGACCCAAUGCAGUUUGCAAUCAGGGACAAUGUAGUUGUCUGCCUGAGUUCGUGGGUAACCCAUUGGUGGGAUGUCGUCCGGAAUGUGUGCUGAGUACGGAAUGCGACUGGAACAAGGCGUGCGUGAGGAACAAGUGCAUCGAUCCCUGUCCCGGAACCUGCGGCUCCAAUGCGAUCUGUGAGGUGCACAGACACGUGGCCAUGUGUCACUGUCCACCGGGAAUGACUGGAAAUGCCUUCAGCCAAUGCCGACCCUUGCCACCAGCUAUAAUACGAGAUGUCAUCGAUCCUUGCCAGCCCUCGCCAUGUGGACCCAAUGCCCAGUGUAGGAAUAUCAAUGGACAAGCCGUUUGCUCCUGUCUUCCUGACUUCAUUGGAGUCCCACCUUCCUGCAGACCAGAGUGCGUGAGCAAUGCGGAGUGUCCGCUGCACUUGGCUUGUCUCCAACAACAUUGCCGCGAUCCCUGUCCCGGAGUUUGUGGCCAGAAUGCCGAAUGCCGUGUGAUUAAUCACAGCCCGAACUGCAAUUGCAUUGGAUCCUUCACGGGAAAUCCAUUCGUGGCUUGUCAUCGUCCACCGCCACCGAUUAGACAGGAUCCCAUCGAUCCUUGCCAGCCAUCGCCAUGUGGAGCCAACGCAGAAUGUCGUAACCAGGGAAGCAAUGCUCAAUGCACUUGUCUAACCGGCUUCAUUGGUACUCCACCGAACUGCAGACCCGAGUGUGUUUCCAACUCGGAUUGUCCCACGAAUCUGGCCUGCCUAAAUCAAAAAUGCCGCGAUCCCUGUCCAGGUGUAUGUGGCUCCAACGCCGAGUGCUAUGUGAUUAAUCAUACACCCAUGUGCACAUGCUUGGCUGGACAAACCGGCAAUCCUUUCGUGGGCUGUCAAGUGGUUCGGGAUGUCCCUGCACCACUUACACCGUGUGUUCCGAGUCCUUGUGGAGCCAAUGCUCAAUGCACUGAAAGAAAUGGAGCUGUAGCUUGUCAGUGCUUGCCCGAAUUCUACGGCAAUCCCUACGAGGGCUGUCGACCAGAGUGCGUGCUCAACUCGGAUUGUCCCAGCCACCUGGCUUGUCUGAAUCAACAUUGCCGUGAUCCUUGUCCCGGAACUUGUGGUCCAAAUGCCCAAUGUCAAGUACGCGAACAUCUGCCGCAGUGCAACUGCCUUGUGGGCUACCAGGGAAAUCCCUACGUGUACUGCAGUGUCCUAAGAGAACGUAAGACGAACUUAGAAGGACCAAAUAAUAGAUUUAGAACUUACCCUGAAUUUUCCCCAAUAGCUCUGCCUGAACCGAUUCCCUCCCGUCCAUGUCAACCCUCGCCCUGCGGUCCAAACUCUCAGUGUCGCGAGUCGAACAACCAGGCCAUCUGCAAGUGCUUGCCCGACUUUAUAGGAUCCCCACCUGCCUGUAGACCCGAGUGUACCAUCUCCAGCGAAUGUGAUUUGACCCUGGCUUGCGUCCAACAACACUGUAUCGAUCCCUGUCCAGGUGUCUGCGGCACUAGUGCCCAGUGUCGGGUGAUUAAUCACAGUCCUCACUGUAGUUGCCUGCCUGGUUUCACGGGUGACGCCAUCAGUGGUUGCCAGCGCAUACGUAAGACUCGGAUUUGUAAUACCUCUGUGAGCCCUUGUAACCCCGAACCCUUUGCAGCACCCGCAAUUAGUUACGAUGUCCCCAAGGAAACCUACCGCGAUCCCUGUGUUCCCUCUCCCUGCGGAACCUUUGGCCAGUGCCGAGCUCAAGGCAACCAGGCUGUAUGCUCAUGUAUUCCCGGCUACUUUGGAGCUCCUCCGAAUUGCCAGCCGGAGUGCGUGAUUAAUCCGGACUGCCCGUCCCAUUUGGCGUGCAUCAGUGAAAAGUGUCGCGAUCCGUGUCCCGGUUCUUGUGGCCUUCAGGCCCAAUGCAAUGUCAUCAAUCAUACACCCAUCUGCAGUUGUCCCUCAGGCUAUCAGGGCAAUCCCUUCGUCAGCUGCCAACGAACUCCUCCUCCGCCGCCGACAACUCCAGUCCUUCGCGAUGCCUGCAAUCCCUCGCCUUGCGGAUCCAAUGCAAUCUGCAGCGCCAAUGGUCAGUGCUCAUGUCUUCCUGACUUUGAUGGCAAUCCCUAUGUGGGCUGUCGUCCCGAGUGCGUCCUUAAUACGGAUUGUGCGAGAGACAAAGCCUGCCAGCGCAGCAAGUGCAAGGAUCCCUGCCCCGGAGCAUGUGGUGUGGGAUCAGUUUGCGAGGUUCGCAACCACAUUCCAACCUGCAGUUGUCCGCCCGGAACUUCGGGCAACGCCUUCGUUCAGUGUACCCUGGUGCAAUCUUCACCAGUGAUACCUUUGAACCCCUGCCAACCGUCGCCGUGUGGAAACAAUGCCCAAUGCCGGGUGGCCAACGAUCAGGCCGUUUGCUCCUGCUUACCUGGAUACUUUGGUGUUCCACCCAAGUGUCGCCCCGAGUGCACCAUCAACUCGGACUGCGCCCCACAUCUUGCGUGCCUGAAUCAACACUGUCGGGAUCCUUGUCCCGGAGCCUGUGGGCAGUUUGCCCAGUGCCAGGUCAUCCGACAUGUGCCGCACUGUAGUUGCCCGCAAGGAUACUCAGGCAAUGCCUUCAUCCUGUGUCAUCGUCUGCCGCCCCCACCAUUGAUUCAAAGGGAACCGCUCAAUCCUUGCUCGCCAUCACCUUGUGGACCUAAUGCAGAGUGCACUAAUCAAAAUGAACAGGCCGUUUGCAAGUGUUUGAAGGACUAUGUGGGAACACCACCCAACUGUCGACCCGAGUGCAUAACCUCUUCCGAGUGUCCCAAUCACCUAGCUUGCAUUGGUCAGCAAUGCAAGGAUCCUUGUCCCGGACUUUGCGGCAACGCGGCCAGCUGUCAAGUGGUUAGCCAUGUGCCCUCGUGCAUCUGCAUUGGGGACUUCAUUGGUGACCCCUUCACCGGCUGCUAUGCCCGGCCGCAGAUUCAGCGGGAGCAAAUUAAUCCCUGCGCCCAGAACCCGUGCGGCAGCAAUGCCGUGUGUAGGGAACGUGGAGGAGCAGGUUCGUGCCAGUGUCUGCCGGAAUACUACGGCAAUCCCUACGAAGGAUGUCGACCCGAAUGCGUGAUCAACUCGGACUGUUCGAGCCACCUGGCCUGCUUGAAUCAACACUGCCGCGAUCCCUGCCCAGGAAGCUGUGCCCCCAAUGCCCAGUGUCAAGUGGUCAAUCACGUUCCCAGCUGUAGUUGCUAUCCCGGAUUUAGUGGUGAUCCCUAUCGCUAUUGUCGUGUGGAGGUCCAGGCGGAACCCGUCCAAGUUGUCCACUUUGAUCCCUGCCAGCCCUCGCCGUGUGGUCCCAACUCUCAGUGCACAGAAACCCAGGGUCAGGCGGUAUGUCGCUGCCUGCCCGAAUACUUUGGUUCCCCACCCGCUUGUCGACCUGAGUGCACCACCAAUCCCGAAUGUCCCAAUGAUAGAGCUUGCGUGGUUAGGAGAUGCACCGAUCCUUGUGCGAGUGGUGGCUGUGGUCAGAAUGCCAUUUGUCGAGCCCAUCAGCACAGAGCUCAUUGCUCGUGUCAUCCGGGUUACACCGGUGAUGUCUUCAUGCGAUGCCUACCUAUCCAACCUGUUAGGGAUUCGCCUGUGAUCCAUAGAGAUCCCUGUUUGCCCUCGCCCUGUGGACAGUUUGCCCAGUGUCGAGUGGAGUACGGGCAAGCAGUGUGCUCCUGCCUGGAGUCCUACUAUGGUACUCCUCCCUACUGCCGGCCCGAGUGUACCCAAAAUUCAGAUUGUGCGAGUCACAGGGCUUGUGUUAAUCAAAGGUGCGUGGAUCCCUGCCCCGGGGCAUGUGGUCUAAACGCCCAGUGUGAUGUGCUCAAUCAUGUGCCCAGUUGUUCGUGUCUCAGAGGUUUUACGGGAGAUCCCUUCUACCGCUGUUAUCCCGAGCCAACGCCUUCUCCAACCCCUAUUACUAUCGUAGCCGAUGAUCCUUGCCAGCCCUCGCCUUGCGGUCCCAAUGCCCAGUGCUCCAAUGGUGUCUGUAGUUGUCUGCCUCUCUACCAAGGUGAUCCCUACAUCGGCUGUCGCCCAGAGUGCGUCUUGAGUACCGAGUGUCCGUGGGACAAGGCCUGCAUCCGUAAUCGUUGCCUGGAUCCGUGUCCAGGAACCUGCGGUUCGGGAGCCACGUGCCAGGUGCACAAUCAUGUGGCCAUGUGCCAGUGUCCGGUUGGCUAUCAGGGCAAUCCGUUUGUGCUGUGCCAGCAAAUACCACUCCAGUCACCUGUGGUGCUCCACCCAUGCCAACCUUCCCCUUGUGGACCCCACGGUCAGUGCAGGGAAGUUGGCUCGCAAGCUAUUUGCACCUGCCUGCCCGGCUUUUAUGGAAAUCCACCAGCCUGCCGACCCGAAUGUGUCAGCGAUCCAGAGUGUCCACCGAGCUUGGCUUGUGUGAAUCAGAAGUGCCGCGAUCCCUGCCCCGGAGCUUGUGGAUACCUGGCCCAGUGCCAUGUCAUCAAUCACAGUCCACAGUGUGUUUGCCCUGCUGGAUACACCGGAAGUCCCUACUCCCAGUGCCAGUUGAUAAGGGAAGAUUACACACCAGUUCAACGAGAACCAAUCGAUCCCUGCCGGCCAUCUCCCUGUGGUCCUCAUGCCCAGUGCAGUAGUGAAGGAGGCAACGCAGUUUGCCGCUGUCUUCCGGAAUACCUGGGAGUACCACCCUACUGUCGACCGGAGUGCAUUGCCAACAGCGAGUGUCCCAGCGACAGGGCCUGCAUCAAUCGGAAGUGCCAGGAUCCAUGUCCCGGCCUGUGUGGAUACAAUGCCAUCUGUCGCACCUACAACCAUCAGCCAAACUGUGUUUGUGCUCCUGGACUGGUGGGCAAUCCCUUCAACUCCUGCCUGCCGCCCACACGACCUCAGGUUUCACCAGCACCACCGACAACGGCCAUCGAGGUACUUCAGUAUGAGGAACCAUUGAUCAACGGUUGUGAACCCAAUCCCUGUGGAGCGAACGCUCAGUGCAAUCAGCGGAGGGGAGUAGUCUCCUGCGUCUGUCUGCCCGACUACUUCGGCAAUCCCUACGAGGCCUGCCGACCGGAGUGCAUUUUGAACUCCGAUUGUCCCUCGAGCAGAGCUUGUGUUCAGCAGAAAUGUCGGGAUCCGUGUCCCGGUACCUGUGGCCUGAAUGCCGAGUGCCAUGUCCUGGAUCAUCUGCCACAGUGCAGGUGUUUCAGUGGCUACACUGGCAAUCCCUUGGCCUACUGUGCACCUGUUCCAAUUGCAAUCCAGCAAUGUAAGCAUCCAUAUCCAUGCGUUCCAAAACAUUUCCCCAAUUUAGAUAAUCAAUUUAUGUCAACCCCUUUAGCACCCCUGACUCCCUGUGAUCCCUCACCCUGCGGACCCAAUGCCCAGUGUCAUCCCUCGAAUAAUGAAGCCGUAUGCUCCUGUUUACCCGAGUUCUUUGGAACUCCGCCCAAUUGUCGACCCGAGUGUACCCUUAACUCAGAGUGUGCCUAUGAUAAGGCAUGCGUGCAUCACAAGUGCGUCGAUCCGUGUCCUGGAAUUUGCGGUAUUAAUGCAGAGUGUCGCGUACACUAUCACAGUCCUAUAUGUUACUGCAUUUCUUCGCAUACGGGUGAUCCAUUCACACGAUGCUACGAGAUCCCCAAACCUGUGCGACCACAAAUAUUUGACACGCCUUCUCCUCCCUAUCCGGUUGCCAUACCUGAUCUAGUGUACAUACAACAACAACAACCAGGAAUAGUGAAUAUUCCCUCGGUCCCCCAACCAGGAUACCCUCCAUCCCAGCCGCCACAUUAUAAUGUCAACUAUCCAACGCCACAACCGGCUAGUCCCCAAAAACCAGGAGUUGUCAAUAUACCAUCUGUGUCACAGCCAGUCUACCCAUCGCCCCAACCACCGAUCUAUGAUGUCAACUAUCCAACAACUCCAUAUCCAGUACCUCAACAACCCGGUGUCGUGAAUAUUCCUUCCGUACCCCAACCGGUGCCUCCGACAUCGCAGAGACCUCUGUUUAUACCAUCGCCAGCCAACCCAACAUCUCCACCUCAGCCUGGAGUGAUUAACAUUCCUUCAGUUCCACAACCUGGAUAUCCUACACCACAGACUCCCGUCUAUGAUGUAAACUAUCCAACUACACCGAUACCUCAACAACCUAGCGUGGUUAACAUUCCAUCUGUGCCACAACCAACAUAUCCUUCUCCGAAUCCACCAAUCUAUGAUGUGAACUACCCAUCACCACCACCGCCUCAGAUUCCAGUACAACCUGGAGUAAUCAAUAUUCCCUCUGUGCCUCAGCCGACACCUCCGUCGCAGCAACCUCCGGUUUAUAUACCAUCACCAGAGCAUCCGACUCCACCGGCCAAACCAGGAGUUAUAAAUAUUCCCUCCGCACCGCAACCAGCACAUCCUCCUGUUUACGAUGUGAAUUAUCCAACGACACCGCCGCCUACUCCUCAGAAGCCUGGAGUGAUAAAUAUUCCUUCGGCACCUCAACCAGUGCAUCCUUCACCCAACCCACCAGUUUACGAUGUAAACUACCCAACAACGCCUUCAGUUCCCCAACAACCAGGAGUUGUUAAUAUCCCAUCGUACCCACAGCCAGUGCCACCGUCUCCCCAACCUCCCAUAUUUAUACCAUCCCAGGAGACACCGAGACCAACUCCUUCAAGUCCGGGAGUUAUCAAUAUUCCUUCGGUACCUCAACCUGCUCACCCUACGCCACAGGUUCCAGUUUACGACGUACCCUAUCCAACACCACCACCUGUGAUAACACCGCAACCUGGAGUUAUUAACAUUCCAUCGAUACCACAGCCAGUGCCACCGGUUUCUCAGCGUCCCGUGUUUAUACCAUCACCUGUAAACACGACACCUGCUCCUCAGCCAGGAGUAAUAAAUGUACCCUCAGUGCCACAGCCAGUGCAUCCAACGUAUCAACCUCCUGUUGUCCAGCGACCGGCUAUAUACGAUGUGUACUAUCCACCACCUCCGUCAAGACCUGGUGUAAUCAAUAUUCCUUCGCCCCCACGGCCUGUAUAUCCAGUGCCCCAGCAACCGAUCUAUGUACCAGCGCCAGUUCUUAAUAUACCGGCACCAAGACCAGUUAUACACAACAUUCCAUCAGUACCGCAACCGACUUACCCACAUCAGAAUCCACCUAUUCAGGAUGUCACAUAUCCUGCUCCACAACCAACCCCUCCAGCACCGGGAAUAAUUAACAUUCCCACGGUGCCUCAACCUGUGCCAUCACCCACUCCUGGUGUGAUCAAUAUUCCGUCGCAACCAUCUCCACCGAUCUCGGUACCAACUCCAGGAAUUGUGAAUAUUCCAUCGGUGCCUCAACCGACAUAUCCACCUUCAAACCCACCUGUUUACGAUGUCAGCUAUCCCACGCCACAGCCAACUCCUCCGGCACCAGGGAUUAUCAAUAUUCCUUCUGUGCCUCAACCUCUGCCAUCACCCACACCUGGUGUGAUUAAUAUACCUUCGCAACCAUCUCCACCGAUCUCGGUACCAACUCCAGGAAUUGUGAAUAUUCCAUCGGUGCCUCAACCGACAUAUCCACCUUCAAACCCACCUGUUUACGAUGUCAGCUAUCCCACGCCACAGCCAACUCCUCCGGCACCAGGGAUUAUCAAUAUUCCUUCUGUGCCUCAACCUCUGCCAUCACCCACACCUGGUGUGAUUAAUAUACCUUCGCAACCAUCUCCACCGAUCUCGGUACCAACUCCAGGAAUUGUGAAUAUUCCAUCGGUGCCUCAACCGACAUAUCCACCUUCAAACCCACCUGUUUACGAUGUCAGCUAUCCCACGCCACAGCCAACUCCUCCGGCACCAGGGAUUAUCAAUAUUCCUUCUGUGCCUCAACCUCUGCCAUCACCCACACCUGGUGUGAUUAAUAUACCUUCGCAACCAUCUCCACCGAUCUCGGUACCAACUCCAGGAAUUGUAAAUAUUCCAUCGGUUCCACAACCGACGUACCCUCAUCAGAAUCCACCUAUUCAGGAUGUUACACAUCCUUCCCCACAACCAACUCCUCCAGCACCUGGAAUUGUCAAUAUUCCGUCACUACCUCAACCUCUGCCUUCACCCACUCCUGGUGUGAUCAAUAUACCUUCGCAACCAUCACCACCGACUUCAGUUCAACAGCCUGGAAUUAUUAACAUUCCAUCGUUACCUCAACCUACAACUCCAACCUCACAACAGCCGAUAAAGGAUGUGCAACAUGAGACCGCGAAACCUCAACCCACUCCUGGAGUGAUCAAUAUACCGUCCGUUCCGCAACCGACGUAUCCAACUCAACGGCCCUAUUACCCGGAUGUUAGUUACCCAACUCCUCCGCCUCAACCCAUUCCCGGAGUGGUCAACGUUCCAUCUGUACCACAGACAACUCCAGCUAGGCCCAACUACGAUGUGUCCCGGCCAGAUUUCGAGUUCAACCCGUGUUACCCAUCACCAUGUGGACCCUACUCGCAUUGUCACAAUCGCUUUGGAGUCGCUGCCUGUGUUUGCCUGCCAAACUACAGAGGAACUCCACCCAAUUGUCGGCCGGAAUGCGUUAUUAACUCGGAUUGUCCUUCAGCCUUGGCUUGCAUCAACGAAAAGUGUCGCGAUCCUUGUCCAGGAUCUUGUGCCUACAAUGCCGUAUGCCGUGUGCAUGAACACGUGCCGAAUUGCUUCUGUCAAAAUGGGUACACCGGAAAUCCUUUCGUUUCCUGUCAACCCACACCUAUAGCACCUGUGGUUCAGCGUGAGCCCGUUGAGGCGAAGGAUCCAUGUUAUCCAUCGAUUUGCGGUCCAAACGCCGUGUGCAAUAAUGGAAAGUGCAGCUGUAUACCGGAAUAUCACGGAGAUCCCUAUGUUGUCUGUCGACCGGAAUGUGUUCUCAAUACGGACUGUGCGCGGGAUAAGGCUUGCAUCCGGCAGAAGUGCCAGGAUCCUUGUCCAGGAACUUGUGGUCUGAAUGCCUUGUGUCAUGUGUACCAUCAUGUGGCCACUUGCACGUGUCCGGAGCAAAUGCAAGGAGAUGCCUUUGUGAGAUGUGACCCAAGACCCAAACCCAAACCUUUUGAUCCACCAGCACCACCUACGACUUCGCCAGCUCUCGUGCCGCAACGUGCUCCGAUUAAUCCCUGCCAGCCUUCACCCUGUGGUCCCAAUGCCCAGUGUCGAGCCUUCCAUGAGCAGGCGAUUUGCUAUUGCCUGCCCGAUUUCAUUGGCACCCCACCCGCCUGUCGACCGGAGUGCACCUCGAACUCGGACUGUCCCCUCGACAAGUACUGCCUGAAUCUCAGGUGUCGCGAUCCCUGUCCGGGUGCCUGUGGCAUUCGUGCCAUUUGCCAUGUCCAGAACCACGCGCCCUUGUGCGUGUGUCCACCCCAGUUGACUGGUAAUCCGCUCCUGUCUUGCCAACCCAUAGUUAUUCCCCCUGUAGAACGCGACGAAGUGAAUCCCUGCCAGCCCUCGCCCUGCGGCCCGAACUCCGAGUGCCAAGUGACGCCAGGUGGAGCUCGUUGCUCCUGCCUGCCGCAGUUCCACGGCACCCCGCCCUUCUGUCGCCCGGAAUGCGUCAAUAGCGCCGAUUGUCCGGCGGACAAGGCGUGUCGGAAUUACAAGUGCAUUGAUCCCUGCCCGGGCAGCUGUGGUCUCGCGGCUCUCUGUCGUGUGGUGGCCCAUAGUCCCGUGUGCUACUGUCGCGAAGGUUAUGUGGGCAAUGCCUAUAGCCUCUGCACUAGACCUGAACCGAGUCCACCUGCCGUGGUGAUCCUUCCCUGCAAUCCCAGUCCAUGUGGCGUGAACGCUUUCUGUCAGCCCCACAAUGACUUGAGCGUUUGCCAGUGUCUGCCGGGUUACUAUGGCAAUCCAUCUGAGAUCUGCCGACCCGAAUGCACCGUCAACUCGGACUGUCCAAGUCACAGGGCUUGCAUGAGCGAAAAGUGUCGCGAUCCAUGCCCCGGAACUUGUGGCAUCAAUGCCCUCUGUCAGGUGAUUAACCACAACCCGGUAUGCGAAUGCCAGCCGGGUCAUGUGGGCAAUCCCUACCACAGCUGUCGUCUUCCACUGCGUGAACCCCCCGCACCGGAAUAUGUGAAUCCCUGCCAGCCGUCACCUUGCGGUGCCAAUUCCCAGUGUCGCGAGUCCCAGGGACAGGCCAUCUGCUCCUGCCUGCCGGAGUUCGUGGGCACACCGCCCUCCUGCCGACCGGAGUGCGUGAUCAGCGCCGAGUGUCCGGCGGACAGGGCGUGCAUCAACCAGAAGUGCCAGGAUCCUUGUCCCGGAGCCUGUGGCCUGAAUGCCCAGUGCCAUGUCCGUAACCACAGUCCGCUGUGCUCGUGUCAGCCUGGCUUUACUGGAGAUGCUCUGACCCGCUGUCUGCCGGUGCCGCCGCCUCAACCACCGAAGUCGAAUGAUAUCCGCGAUCCUUGUGUGCCAUCUCCCUGUGGACCCUACUCCCAGUGUCGGGUGGUCAAUGGCGGAGCCAGUUGCAGUUGCCUGGCGAACUAUGUAGGAGCAGCACCCUACUGCCGUCCCGAGUGCACCAUCAAUGCCGAGUGUCCCAGCAAUCUGGCCUGCAUCAACGAGAAGUGCCGUGAUCCCUGUCCCGGAGCCUGUGGUUUCGAUGCCCAGUGUAGUGUCAUCAACCAUACGCCCAGUUGCUCGUGUCCCGCGGGUUACACGGGAGAUCCGUUCACCAGCUGCCGACUGCUGCCACCACCACCGCCCCCGAAGACUCCCUCCGAUCCCUGCCAGCCUUCGCCCUGCGGAGCGAAUGCUCUGUGCAACAAUGGCCAGUGCUCUUGUUUGCCUGAAUACCAGGGUGAUCCCUACACCGGAUGCCGUCCCGAGUGCGUUCUAAACUCGGAUUGUCCCAGGAAUAGGGCGUGUGUGAACCAAAAGUGCGUGGAUCCUUGUCCAGGACAUUGUGGAAUUAAUGCCCUCUGCGAUGCCGUCAACCACAUCGCCAUGUGUCACUGCCCCGAGAGGAUGACGGGCAAUGCUUUCGUUGUCUGCCAGCCAAUUCGCGAUGAGCCACAACCGACUCCCAAUCCCUGCCAGCCUUCGCCAUGCGGAGCGAAUUCGCAGUGCCUGGAGAGGAAUGGCAAUGCCAUCUGCUCCUGCCUGGCCGGAUACUUUGGCCAGCCGCCGAAUUGCCGACUGGAGUGCUACUCCAGCUCCGAUUGCUCCCAGGUGCACAGCUGCAUCAACAACAAGUGCGUGGACCCGUGUCCCGGUAAAUGUGGCUUGAAUGCCGUCUGCCAGGCGAUUCAGCAUAGAGCCCAUUGCGAGUGCAUCCCGAGAUACACUGGAAAUGCCUAUGUCUUGUGCAAUCCCAUUCCGGUGCCCAGGAAACCAGAACCAGUUCGCGAUCCCUGUCAACCCUCGCCUUGUGGUUCCAACUCUCAGUGCACCAAUGUGAACGGCCAGGCGGAGUGCCGCUGUCUGCCGGAGUUCCAGGGAACCCCGCCCAACUGCCGACCCGAGUGUGUCAGCCACGAUGAGUGCGCCAAUCACCUGGCCUGCAUGAACCGGAAAUGCGGUGAUCCCUGUCCCGGAAGCUGUGGCCAGGGUGCCCAGUGCACGGUCAGCCUUCACACACCCAACUGUCAGUGCCCCGCGGGCAUGACUGGUGAUCCAUUCCGAAUUUGCCUGCCCAAACCACGUGACGAACCCAAAGUACCGCCUCCUCCCAAGAAUCCGUGCUAUCCCUCUCCCUGCGGAACCAAUGCCGUGUGCCGCGUCCAAGGAGAGAACUACGUUUGCGAGUGCAGCCAACUGGAGUACAUCGGCAAUCCCUACGAGGGAUGUCGCCCCGAAUGCGUGGGCAACUCGGAGUGUCCAGCGAACCAGGCCUGCAUCCGCAGCAGGUGCCAGGAUCCUUGUCCGGGAGUCUGUGGCCUGGAGGCCAUUUGCACCAUGAACAACCACAUACCGGUCUGCUCCUGUCCACCGGGCUACACGGGCAAUGCGUUUGCCCAGUGUACCCGUCAGUUGACGCCGCCUCCUCCCUCGGAUCCCUGCUACCCGUCGCCCUGUGGACCCAACUCCAUUUGCCGCGUCCAGAACGAGAAAUCGGUGUGCGAGUGCCUGCCCGGAUUCUUUGGUAAUCCGCUGGCCCAGGGCUGUCGCCCGGAGUGCACCCUCAGCUCGGACUGUUCGAAGGAUCGGGCCUGCAUCAACUCCAAGUGCGUGGAUGCCUGCGUGGGAGAGUGUGGAUUUGGAGCUGUCUGCCAGACGAUCAACCACAGCCCGGUGUGCAGUUGUCCCGCCAACAUGGUGGGCAAUCCCUUCGUCCAGUGCGAGGAACCUCGCCAGGCCGAGCCCGUCGAUCCCUGCCAGCCGUCGCCCUGCCGCAGCAAUGGAAUCUGUCGCGUUUACAACGGAGCUGCCACCUGCAGUUAUCCCGAGUGUGUGAUUAAUGAGGACUGUUCCCGGGAUAGGGCCUGCGUGAGUCAGAAGUGCCGAGAUCCUUGCCUGAAUGCCUGCGGCAUCAAUGCCAUCUGUCGGGCCAUCAACCACAAGGCUGUGUGCAGCUGUCCGCCGGAGUUCUAUGGUUCUCCGUAUGCCCAGUGCCUGCGACAGAUCCCAGAGCCACUGCCCAAGCCGGAGUGCGUUAGCGAUGGAGAUUGCACCAAUGACAAGGCCUGCAUCAAUCAGGUCUGCCGCAAUCCCUGCGAGCAAUCGAACCUGUGCGCCCAACAAGCGCGUUGCCAUGUCCAGCUCCAUCGGCCGCUGUGCGUCUGCAAUGAGGGAUAUACCGGAAAUGCCCUGCAGAACUGCUACCUUCUCGGAUGUCGAUCGGAUGGCGAGUGUGCCGCCAAUGAGGCCUGCAUCAAUCAGCAGUGCGUGGAUCCCUGCGGAUUCACACAGUGCGGAACGGGAGCCAUUUGCCGAGCGGACUUUAACCACCGAGCCAGGUGUCACUGCCAGGACGGAUACCGCGGCAAUCCUCUGGUGCGCUGCGAACGUCCUGAGUGUCGCUCCGAUGAUGAAUGUGCCUUCCAUUUGGCCUGCCGCAAUGAACGCUGCGAAGAUCCCUGCAAUUGUGGCCUGGGAGCCCAGUGCCGCGUCGAGAAUCAUCGUGCCCAGUGCCGUUGUCCAGCUGGCUUCAGUGGAAAUCCCGCAGUGAGAUGCGACCUGGUGCCCUCGCAACCCGAGGGCUGCACCAUGGAUGCCGAGUGUCCCAGCAAACUGGCCUGCUUCGGUGGCGAGUGCAAGAACCCCUGCGAUGUGACGCAUCCUUGUGGCGCCAAUGCCAAAUGCGAAGUGGUGGACACCCUGCCCCUGCGCACCAUGAUGUGCAGCUGUUUGCCUGGCUUCGUGGGAGAGGCUGACAUUGGAUGUCACAAAGAACCCCCGCGUGAUCAGGGCUGUACGUCGCAUGAUCAGUGCCAGGAUACGGAGGCCUGUCGUGGUGGAAACUGCGUCAAUCCCUGCCUGGAUGCCUCGCCCUGUGCCCGCACCGCCCAGUGUUUGGCCCAGCAGCAUCGUGCCAUCUGCAGCUGUCCCGAGAGAACCCAGGGAGAUCCCUUCACCAACUGCUAUGAGCCACCUGAAAUCAAGACUGGCUGCACCCACGAUUCGGAGUGCCAGCCGAACACGGCCUGCAUCAACCAGCGCUGCCAGGAUCCUUGUGCCGAGGCCAAUCCUUGUGCCGGAAAUGCCGAGUGUCGCGUGCAGAACUCCCGACCCAUCUGCUUCUGUCCAGCCGGUUGGGGUGGUGACCCACAAGUCCAAUGCUACAAACCUGAGUGCAAGAUCAAUGCCGAUUGUCCCUAUGACAAGACCUGUCUGAAUGAGAACUGCGUGGAUCCCUGCACCCAUGGCCAGGUGCGCUGCGGCAAUGGAGCCCAGUGUUUGGCCCAGAACCACCAGGCCGUGUGCAUCUGUCCAUCCGGAACUCAGGGCAAUCCCUUCAUCUCCUGCAUCACUGGACACUGCCAGUACAACGAGGAUUGUGCGGACCACGAGGCCUGCGAUCGAUUGAAUCGCGUCUGCCGACCGGUUUGUGACCAGGAGACCUGUGCUUUGAAUGCCAUCUGUGUGGGUCGUCGCCAUCAGCCGCAGUGCGAGUGCCGACCGGGUUACCAGGGCAAUCCGCAUGUCCAGUGCGAUAUACCGGUGAAGACGCCGAAGCCUCAGUGCACCCAGGAUGCCGACUGUCCAUCGAAAUUGGCCUGCAUCAAUGAGCGUUGCGCGGAUCCUUGUGCUACGCCCCAUGUUUGCACCCCGCAACAAACCUGCACGGUUCUGGAUACCCUGCCCAAGCGCGCCAUGGCCUGCAAGUGUCCCGGUGACACGGUCACGGACAUCUCCCGCAACUGUGUGCCCAUCACAGUGCCCAAGGUCAUCACCGGCUGUCAGCACAACUCCGAGUGCGCCAAUCCGGAGGUCUGCUCGAAUGGCAACUGCCUGGAUGCCUGCCGAUUGGAGAGAUGCGGCGUUAAUGCCCAGUGCACCGCAAGGGAUCACUAUGCCCAGUGUAGUUGCCCCAAGGGCUUCCAAGGAAAUGCCCGCAUCGAGUGCUACACCACGGAAGUCGAUAGGCCGAGGAUCCCAAGUCCUGGCUGUUCGCGCAACGACGAUUGUGCCGGCGAUCAGAUUUGUCGCAACGAGAUCUGCGUGAGUCCCUGUGACUCGGAUGCCUGCGGAAUCGGCGCCUACUGCCAUGUGCAGCAGCGCAAGGCCAUCUGCCGCUGUCCACCUGGCUAUUCCGGCAACCCACAAGACCGCUGCCUGCCACCUUCCGAUGUGAUCCUUGUGGGCUGCAAGUCCAGCACCGACUGCCCCUCGAACGAGGCCUGCAUCAACACCCAGUGCGCCAGCCCGUGCAACUGCGGUCCGAAUGCCGAGUGCACGGUGAAGAACCACCAUCCGAUUUGCUACUGCAAGCCAGGAUUCUCUGGAAAUGCCCAGUUUGGAUGCGCACCCAUUGGCUGCCAGUCGGACGAGGAGUGCAGCGGCGACAAGCAAUGUGUGAACCGCGAGUGCAUCAAUCCCUGCCUGGCCAGCGAUCCGUGUGCCCUGAAUGCCGAGUGCUUCGGACGCAAUCAUCGCGCCAAUUGCCGCUGUCCCGUGGGAUUGGAAGGAGAUCCGUUUGUGCGCUGCCUGCGCCUGGAAUGCCACUCCGACUACGACUGCGCCUCGAACCUGGCCUGCGUGUCCAACGAGUGUGUGAGUCCAUGUGGUCAAAGGAAUCCCUGCGCACAAAAUGCCAUCUGCCAGGCGCUGCAACAUCGCGCUGUCUGCCGUUGUCCUGAUCAAUUGCCUUUGGGUAAUCCCUAUGGCUACUGUGAGGCUCGCCAUGUGGAGCCAGUGUGCCGGGAUGACGGAGAUUGUCCCAGCAAGCUGGCCUGCAUCGAUGACAAGUGCCAGAAUCCUUGCACUGAGCUUUCACCCUGCCACCAAAGUGCUAGAUGCAGUGUUCUGGACAGCAUUCCCGUAAGAACAAUGGUCUGCGAGUGCGCCGAGUACGAAGUGCCGGAUGCGAGUGGAGCGUGCAGGAAGAUGGUGCCUCCUAGACAACCAGGAUGCGAUAGCGACCAGGACUGUCCCGAUCAGGAGGCCUGCAUCCAUGCCCAGUGCCGCAAUCCCUGCAACUGCGGCACCAACGCCGUCUGCCAGGUGACCCAACAUCGCGCCGUUUGCAGCUGCCAGGACGGAUUCGAGGGCAAUCCCUAUGCCUCCUGUCGCUCCAUUGGCUGCCGCGUCGAUGGCGAGUGCGAUUCGGGCAAGGCCUGCAUCAAUGGUGACUGCAUUAACCCAUGUUUGAUCCACGAUCCCUGUGGACCCAAUGCCGAGUGCUAUGUGCAAUCGAAUCGCGCCCAAUGCCGCUGCCUGAGUGGCUAUCGCGGUAAUCCCUUCGAGCGUUGCCGCGUCAUCGGCUGCAGCAGCAACAACGACUGUCCCACGGACAAGACCUGCCAGAACGAGCAGUGCGUCAAUCCCUGCGUCUACCACAAUCCCUGUGCUCCGCGAGCGGAGUGUCGGGCUCAGAAUCAUCUAGCCGUUUGCCGUUGUCCCGCCGACUUUUUGGGUAAUCCCUAUGUGGAUUGCCGUCCACCGCCGCAGCCCAUCUGCCAGCUGGAUACCGAUUGUCCCGGCCGCCAGGCCUGCAUCAACGAACAGUGCGUGGAUCCCUGCGUUGUCCUGGAACCCUGCCAACGACCUGCUCUCUGCGAGGUUACUCCGACAUCCCCAGUGCGCACGAUGCUCUGCAUCUGCCCCGAUGGCUAUGUGAGUAGAGGAAAGGGAGGCUGCAAGCCGACGCAGGGAAUCAAGGAUGUUGGCGGUUGCAUCUCGGACUCGGACUGUCCGGCGGACAAGUCCUGUCUGAACAGCGUCUGUCGGGAUCCCUGCAACUGCGGCCUGAAUGCGGAGUGCCGCAUCAAGGAUCACAAGCCUGUGUGCACAUGUCGCCAAGGAUUCGAGGGUAAUCCAGAGUUCGAGUGCGCCAAGAUCGAGUGCAGCAUCAACUCGGACUGCCCGGGCACCCACAAGUGCCGCAACCAGCUCUGCAUCCCCGCCUGCCAGGGUGAGCAGUGCGGAUCGAAUGCCCAGUGCCUGGCCAUCGAGCAUCGUGCGGUCUGCGAGUGCAUCCCGGGACAUGGAGGAAAUGCCAGGAUUGCCUGUACCCCCCUGGGAUGUCGAACUGAUGAUGAAUGCCCCACGGAUAGGGCCUGCGUAAAUGGUAAAUGCAAUGAUCCCUGUACCACAACUGCCAUCUGUGGCCAGGAUGAACUGUGCAAGGUGUACCAGCAUCGUCCGCAGUGCGCCUGCCCGCCAGGAACUGUGCCCGGAAGGAAUGGCUGCGAGUCGGAGCGCCAUGUGCCCAUCUGCAUCAGCGAUGCCGAUUGUCCCAGUCAGCGGGCCUGCCUGCGCGGCGAGUGUGUGAAUCCCUGCAAUGCCACCCAACCAUGCGGCGUGAAUGCCUUCUGCAGUGUUCGCGAUACCCUGCCCGUGAGGACCAUGAUCUGUGAGUGCCUGGAGGGCUAUACGGGUAACCCAGCCGUCCAGUGCGACAAGCGCUCGCUGUGCGUCAUCGAGAAGGGCUUCGUGCGCGAUGUGGAUGGGCAGUGUGUCUGCCCACCGGGAACCGCCUUGGAUAUCUACGAAUACUGCACGCCGUGCCGCGAGGAGCAGGGCUUCCGCAUCGACGAGACCGGUCACUGUGUGUGCGCUUUGGAGCGCGGCAUGGUGAUCGAUGAGCGCGGUCGCUGCACUUGCCCCAUUGAGCUGGGCUAUCGACUGACUCCCCGUGGCGAAUGCCAACCGGAGGAGCCGCCCGAGUGCACCAGCAACGACCAGUGCGCCGAUAACCGCUUCUGCAAUCUGGACACCAAGACCUGCGAGGAUCCCUGCCUGACCAAGGUGUGCGGCGUGAAUGCCUUCUGCAAUGCGGUGAAUCACCGGGCCCAGUGCCAGUGCAUCACUGGCUACACGGGCAAUCCGGAGCUGCACUGCAAUCACACCAACUUCCGCACCGACUUCCCGCGACCCGAUAUGGUGGUCAGCUGCCUGGCCGAUGGCGUCCAAGUGGAGAUCCACAUCACGGAGCCCGGCUUCAAUGGCGUGCUGUACGUGAAGGGCCACAGCAAGGACGAGGAGUGCCGGCGGGUGGUCAACCUGGCCGGUGAGACCGUUCCCCGCACCGAGAUCUUCCGCGUCCACUUCGGCAGCUGCGGCAUGCAGGCGGUUAAGGAUGUGGCCAGCUUCGUACUGGUCAUCCAAAAGCAUCCCAAGCUGGUGACCUACAAGGCUCAGGCCUACAACAUCAAGUGUGUCUACCAGACGGGCGAGAAGAAUGUGACCCUGGGAUUCAACGUAUCCAUGCUGACUACGGCAGGAACCAUUGCCAACACAGGACCGCCGCCCAUCUGCCAGAUGCGCAUCAUUACCAACGAGGGCGAGGAGAUCAAUUCGGCCGAGAUCGGAGACAAUCUCAAGCUGCAAGUGGAUGUGGAGCCAGCCACUAUUUAUGGAGGCUUCGCCCGCUCUUGCAUUGCCAAGACAAUGGAGGACAAUGUGCAGAACGAAUAUCUGGUCACGGAUGAGAAUGGCUGUGCCACGGACACCAGCAUCUUCGGAAACUGGGAGUACAAUCCGGACACGAACAGCCUGCUGGCCAGCUUCAAUGCCUUCAAGUUCCCGUCGAGCGACAACAUCCGCUUCCAGUGCAACAUACGCGUUUGCUUUGGACGCUGCCAGCCCGUCAAUUGUGGCGGCUACAAUGCCUUCGGACGACGUCGCCGCUCCAUUGCAGACAAUUCCACCGACCCAACCGCCAUUGCCACCAAUUCGGGUGUGGAGGGUCAACUGCGCGAGGAGAUCACCAUCUCAUCGAAUGCCAUUCUCACAUUCGAGAAGCGCAGCGGUCAAGGCCUCAACGAUGCCAACAUCAAACCGGCUGCUCAGCGAGUCGAGGAUAUUUGCGUGUCCAUGGUGGGACUAAUCAUUGCCCUGGUCAUCACAGCCCUGCUGGCCCUCGUGGCCGUUGCCGUGGCUGUUUCCUGCUGGCUGAUGGCCUACAGAAGGAGGCCCAAGACCAUUGCGCCCCUGCCCCAUCCGCCGGAGUUCCCCAACCCGCUGUUCGCCAAUCCUGACGCUGCGCCCGAGCCAACGCCGGACUACAUCUCCUAA